GGUCAGUGAGUGUCUUUCAUAGUUGUUGUUGUUUCCCUAGUCUCCUUGUGGUUUUUUUCCCCCAGAGCCUUAUUUUUGGGGGAUUUUUUUUCUCCUUGUGUUUUUAAGGUAAGUUUUAGUUUUUUUCAUUUAGUUCUUUUUAAAUAAAUCCUUUUUUUUAAUCUGCAUUUGGGUCAUUUCCCUUUUGUUUAACUCUGGCUCGUGACAGAAUCAAAUAUAGAGAUCCAAGACAACACGUAUUUAAGGAAAAAAAGGGAAUCUUUAAACAGCUUUUAAGAUUGACCUGCUUCCUAAAUGAAACAUUCAAGCUGUUGUCUGGUGAUGUUGGUCUACUGUGGAAACUCAGCAUUUCUUUAGAUAUUUCCAGGUUAAUAUGAACAACAAUCUUCUUUAAAGUGACAAAGAAAGGUUUGGCCUCUGGAAGCGUGACUGUAUUUACUAAAUAUCAAAAGAUUAGCAAAAGCCUUUUGUGCAACUUUUGGAGAUUCAAAUGUCAAACAUUUUAUGAAAUGUCAAAUGUUCAGCUCCCUGAAAUUUGAUUGUGCUUCACAGAUUUUAUCUUACAUUAAGGUAAAAAGUUAGAGCCAGAUUAAAGGUUAAAAAUAUGGGAUUUUGAGCCUUAAAGUACAAAAGUAUGAGAAUAAAUUCUGUAGAAUUAAGUUGAAUAGAUUAAGUUUUCAACUUACAAGAAGAAACUAACAAGCACAGACAGCAAAAGCUUGCACAAGCUGCCUAUUAGCCCAUCCUUCUCCAUAAUAGACUCAUUGUCUUGUCUAUCUAGAAUUCUGCUUCCUAUAACAAUGUGGUGCUGAUGUGUGAAAAGAUUGGGUACUUGGUUAUAAAUAAAACCUUUUCCUACAAUACAACUUCACAGGAUGCUCCAAGUUUUUGAUUUUUGUGGAGGCUGCUGGCUGUUCCUCUGAUAAUCCCACUCAACAUACAGGCUAAGUUUAUCCUAAAAGUAUGACUUUUUUUAAAUGCACAACUUCACUAUCAUAAUUUUUGACUUCAUACUAGUGAAUUUAUGACGUAAUGCUCUUUCUUCAAAAUCUCACAACUGUUUUUUCUGUAUCGUGACCACAAUACUACAUAACAUGAUAUAACCAAGUUUAGGUACAAGAAACAAAGUGAUGUGUUCAUUAAACUUUUGGUAUCUGCAAAUGUAUAAAAAAAUCCAUUAUCCGCUUUAGAUUAUAUGUGUAAGUUUACAAGGCCUUAUUUGGAUAUCUUAAUACAGAAACCUUAGUGUGCAAUGAACCAUAUUUACACACGUGGACAAAAUUGUUGGUACCCCUCAGUUAAAGAAGGAAAAACCCACAAUUCUCACUGAAAUCACUUGAAACCUACAAAAGUAACAAUAAAUAAAAAUUUAUUGAAAAUUAAAUAAUCAAAAUCAGCCAUUACUUUUGAAUUGUUGAUUAACAUAAUUAUUUAAAAAAAACAAACUAAUAGGGCUGGACAAAAAUGAUGGUACCCAUAACUUAAUAUUUUGUUGCACAACCUUUUGAGGCAAUCACUGCAAUUAAACGAUUUCUGUAUUUGUCAAUGAGCGUUCUGCAGCUGUCAACAGGUAUUUUGGCCCACUCCUCAUGAGUAAACUGCUCCAGUUGUCUCAGGUUUGAUGGGUGUCUUCUCCAAAUGGCAUGUUUCAGCUCCUUCCACAGAUGUUCAAUGGGAUUCAGAUCUGGGCUCAUGGAAGGCCACUUUAGAAUAGUCCAACGCUUUUCUCUCAGCCAUUCUUGGGUGUUUUUGGCUGUGUGUUUUGGAUCGUUGUCCUGUUGGAAGACCCAUGACCUGCGACUGAGACCAAGCUUUCUGACACUAGGCAGCACAUUUCUCUCCAGAAUGCCUUGAUAGUUGUCAGAUUUCAUUUUACCUUGCACACAUUCAAGACACCCUGUGCCAGAUGCAGCAAAGCAGCCCCAAAACAUUGCUGAGCCUCCUCCAUGUUUCACCGUAGGGACAGUGUUCUUUUCUUCGUAUGCUUGGUUUUUGAGUCUAUGAACAUAGAGUUGAUGUGCCUUACCAAAAAGCUCCAGUUUGGUCUCAUCUGUCCAAAGGACAUUCUCCCAGAAGCUUUGUGGCUUGUCAACAUGCAUUUUUGCAAAUUCCAGUCUCGCUUUUUUAUGAUUUUUUUUCAGCAGUGGUGUCCUCCUUGGUCGUCUCCCAUGAAGUCCACUUUGGCUCAAACAACGACGAAUGGUGCGAUCUGACACUGAUGUACCUUGGCCUUGGAGUUCACCUUUAAUUUCUUUGGAGGUUGUCCUGGGCUCUUUGGAUACAAUUCGAACGAUCUGUCUCUUCAAUCUGUCAUCAAUUUUCCUCUUGCGGCCACAUCCAGGGAGGUUGGCUACUGUCCCGUGGGUCUUGAACUUCUGAAUAAUAUGAGCCACUGUUGUCACAGGAACUUCAAGCUGUGUAGAGAUGGUUUUAUAGCCUGCACCUUUAAGAUGUUUGUCUAUAAUUUUUUUUCGGAUGUCCUGGGACAAUUCUCUCCGCUUUCUGUUGUCCAUGUUCAGUGUGGUACACACCUUUUCACCAAACAGCAGAGUGCCUACUUGUCUCCCUUUAAAUAGGCAGACUGACUGAUUAUGAGUUUGGAAACACCAGUGAUGUCAAUUAAAGGAUACACCUGAGUUAAUCAUGUCACUCUGGUCAAAUAGUUUUCAAUCUUUUAUAGAGGUACCAUCAUUUUUGUCCAGCCCUAUUUCAUUAGUUUGUUUUUUUUAAAUAAUUAUGUUAAUCAACAUUUCAAACGUAAUGGCUGAUUUUGAUUAUUUAAUUUUCAAUAAAUUUUUAUUUAUUGUUACUUUUGUAGGUUUCAAGUGAUUUCAGUGAGAAUUGUGGGUUUUUCCUUCUUUAACUGAGGGGUACCAACAAUUUUGUCCACGUGUGUAUAUGUAUAUACUGUACACAUGUAUAUAAGUUUAUUUAUCCUUUAAUUUCUCUUUUGUAUUUGCAUUUACGCUGCUGUAAUUUUGGAAUUUUCUCCUGUGGGACUAACAGUUUUAUCUUAUCAUGUCUUCCCUAAUAUAACCAAAGUGUGAGUGAUCAACAAUGGCAGUACCAAUGUAGUGUUUGAAACUACAUGACCAAAAGUGUAUUAUCCUUUGUGCAGGUUUGGUAACUUUGAGUUAAGCUUCACUCUGAAAUAUAAUUAUUGUAGCAUAAAGUCAUUGUGGUACAGUCUGCAGCUUAUGUGCACCUUAUGGGGCUGGAGCAGUUCAUAAGCCUGUGACCACCUACAUUGAAAUGUCAAGAGGCUGUGAAGCGUCUAAUCAAGUGCAUAUUGUCUUUGAGUCUUGGGACAUCCCAGAGCUCUCUGUACUGUCUGUGACAAAUCCAAACCUCUGACAUUGUUUAAUUAGAUUCCUGACCCUGGUUCUGAACUGAGACACUCCUGCCUGUGUGUGUGUGUAUACGUAGCAAAAUUAAUUCAUUACUGGCAUGUCCUGUUACAAUUUGUACAAGUCUUAUACAACUGUGAGGAGCUUUGCUGCUGUUUCUCCAACAUAGAGGAUUAUUAGUUACUCUGCUGUUGAUUCAUAUUAGCCCAUAUUUCAGAGGAAACAUGCAUUUGAAACGGAUUAUGGUGUAACAUCUGGUAAGCAGGUCAGUGCGGCUCCUUGUAAGGAGGUUGCCAUGACACCUGCUGUAGAAAUGUAGGUGUUCGGAGCCUCGUUACGUGUAACCUGCUGUCCUACAUUUUAAAACAGGCUGUGUUAUUUCCUGUCUAGUCCAAGAUACGGUUCCAAUCAAAAUGAAUCCCUCUGGAGGUUUGUAGCGCAUGCUCAAAUCUGAGAGUAGUGUAGUAGCUAGUGUGAGUAUAUGCAACACAUCACCCAUUCAGCAUUUGACAAAUCAACCUAAAACCGUUUUCGACAUUAUUCUCUCUGAAAUGCAGCCUUUUUCCCUUUUAAUACCUGCCCUUGUCGAGUCCCCUUUCCUAUUUUCUUCCCUUUUUUCCAUCUCUAAAUCUUCCAUUCAGAGAUAUGAGCCGUUGCCAUGGAAACUGCCUUCGCCCACUCCCCGCCGAUGGAGGGUGCGGCUGCUGCAGCAAUCUCUCAGUUAGACAGUGUUGCCAGGCAACAGGUCACAUGGCGUUCCCUAGCAACAACACUACUGCAGGAACCUGCCAAUCCUCUUAACCUUUCUCUUCCUCUAUCCUCCCCCCACACCUCUCUUUUUUUCUCUCUCCCUCCAUCCCCCUGUACAUCUCCUUUGCUCUUCCUUCCCAAAACUGCUUUGAAUGUUACCAGAUCUUUCUUUUUUCCUUUUCUUUUUUAAACUUCCUUCUCCUUUCUUGCAGAUAACAGCCUCUCUUCCCCCUCUGGCAUCAGACAAAUGUCUCCUCAUCUGCAACAUAGGUCACUUACAUAAACACAGUUUUUUUUAGGGUGUCGCAUUUAGAUGCAUCACAGCGUAUCAGACAACUUCAUCAUGAUAACAAUUUGCUGCAGACGUGAAAAUGUGUCACUGAAAAGACUCCACCUCUUCAUGCAUACUAAAGAGGAUCAACCUGAAAUUCAAUGCAUGUCUAUGCCUAACACACGAUUUCCUAAUGCUAGAGUGCACCCCUAAUAUCUGCAGUAUGCCAUGCAUCCUGUUUAAGAGACAAUAUUUGAGUCUUCAUAGCUUUCCAUCUGCUCUAAAAGAUACACAUUUUUCUGCAGCAAACUGGCACACAGAUACUUAGAGACAGCUUGUACCUUGAAUGAUUCCCCAGCUUUCAUUUUCCACAGAGAGAAGCUGACAGACAGGGAGACAUAUCCUGUCACUGACUCAUCAAGUGAUAGACUGUGAUGCUACACCCCUCACCCUCAAGUCUCUACCUAUGUUUUAAUUCCUGCAGACUGACAGAAAAUCAAUGGCCGAGCUCGGCCGAAGGAACCAGGGAACAGCUCACAAUGUUCCACAUGCUGUUUUGAAAUCUUAGUUACCAAGGUCUUCAGUAAAACUGACACAGGCUGUUAGUCAUUAGCAAAGAACCAGCAUCUGAGCAGGUUAUCUCCAAGGCCAGUUGUUUGUGCAUUUAUUCUGUGUGGCUACAUAUUUUCACUCCGUACGCCCACUCAGGACAUCUCAUUUCUCAUUAAAAAGCAGUUGCCUCUUUCAGUCUGCAGCUCUAACUGCUGCCAGCUGCUUUUAUGGGAGGAUACAGUUGUUUAUCUGUGGCUCUGCACACGAGCCCCGGGCUUUUGGCACCUCGGUUAAGCUCUGUAUGAACAUCACACUGGAAUUCAAGAUCAUGUAGAUAUUUAAAAGGACAGAUCUGUCAAAAAGCAGCCACAUUAUCAGAGCCAAAGUUUAACAAAGAUGAAUUUAAUGCACUUGAUAGGAUGUAAUGCACUGAUUGGAUUCAUAAAUGGGACUCUGUUUUUUACUUGAAUAGAUAUUGACAGUGAGGUGAACAGAGUAAUGUAAAUAUUUGUCUGCGUUCUUGGUGAAAGUAAUGACUCUAUGAUCUAAAAAAACAAAGUCCCUGUUUGUUUGCACUGGAAUUUGAAUUCUGACUAUCCUCAUGGUACAGUUGUGAUGAAAAACUAAGAAAAUUAAGAAAACUGUUCAAAUUUACCACAAACUUUUCAUCAUGGCUGAACAUGGAAUCAGAGACUCUCCAGAUAAACAGUCUGUACAUUUACAUGCACAGUUCAGUCGAGCUACAGUCAUGGCUCUGUUAGGCGAUUUAUCUAGACUACUGUCCUUGUCUAAGUUUACAAGCACUAGGAAAAAAUCAAAUUAUGAACAAAAAGCAUGUCUGUAACUACUAUGGUAGGUGCUGAUAUGCCCCCUGCCAGUUCAUAACUAUUGGGUCAUCUCCCAGUUGACUUAUUACGUAUCAAAACAGCAGGCAAAACUUGAUAGCGAGGGGCUAACAGGAUAUAUGUAGACUGAUAAAAACACUGUCACUUUUACAGCUCUGUACUAUUUAUCGUAUAAUAGGAAAGUUUUGUCUUUUAUUAAAGCUUUUCUUCGUCUAUCAAGGCUUUGCUUACUACCCAGCUUCCUAGCAACACAUUUAUGCUAUUCAACUUCCAUCUUAAAGCCUGGUGUACAAACACUAGUACCACCAGCCUUCGGUCAUCCGUGCAGGUUAACGUUCACAUGCCUGUGCUGGUUGUCAUUGCUCUGGUUAACCUGACACAGCCUACAUAUAACUUUAUCUCAAGAUUUUUCCAUCCAAGUACCAAUCUUCUGGGUUACCAGAUGCCAUUUGCAAUUUGGACUGAUUUGCAUUUGGGUAGUGGACCAUAACAACAUCAUAGCGGUAGCUGCUAACAAGGCUACAUAAUACAAAUACUUAUGACUUGUUCAGUUGUUUAACCUUUCUGGUUUCCACUACUCAGGGAACAACUUUCUAUCUUUUCAUUAACUAAAGACACACUUCUCUUUACAAUACCACUGUCAAGUCUGAAUAGUCAAUGUCAAGCUGGAGAGGUCAAUGGUUGGCUUUGCACAAAAACAGAGCAAAAUAACUAGCCUGACAAGCAAAAAGGGUAAAAAAAACAUACUUCUGGACAGCAACUCUAACACUCAGUACGUCUUGUUUCUUCCAUUCAUAGUGUGCUUUUUUGCAUACAAAAAUACAAGAAUUCAAGUGAUGGGAUCCCAGUAGUACAGAGCAUGUACCCUCUUAAAACCGUAUUAGUUUAUGUUUCAGUUUUCCAACAUGCCAUUUUUAGGGUUAGUUUACGCCUCCUUGUUUACAAGAGGAUUCUUUUUUCUUUCCCUGGUUUAUUGUAGCUGUUUAUGAGCAGCUGUGUUGAUUCUCUUUGCCUCUAAGCAAUAAGCGUCUAAGGGGUUACCAGUCACAAGUGUGAGAACUAGAUCAUAAACACUAAUAUUAUGGGUUCCCACACAUUAUGCUUUAGAGACUCACCACAAACCAGAGGCUCAAAAUACAACUUGCAGUGGGCAGUUAAUUUACUCUCGGACCAUCUGAUAUUUGUAAAACAAUACUUUGGGUGACACAUCACAUUUGGACAAUUUAACAAUUCUUGGAAAAAAGGAUUAUACUGUAUUUCAACAAAUAUUAGCCUGACAUUUCUACACAACAGAGCUAAAAAAAACUGUUCUUUGAACUGAAUCACAAGCUUUCUCUCAAAAAUGUUGCCUAGUUGUUUUUAUAUAGAUGUGUGAGUAUAAAAUUGUAUUAAAUUCUGUCUGAUGUAUUUGCUCAAAGUGUGUUUUCUCUCUCUAUUUGUUGACUGCCAGACGUUUACUCACCAGCAGCACUGGACACUGUGGGCCAGUUCUGGACCAGCAUCCCCUGGGCCCCCUGCAUCACAGAGGACUCCUCCAUGUGGACUGAGCUGAAAGGUAAAGCACAUUAGUAGGUUAGUGACACAUCUCGCAUCAAUUAUUCUUUCAACCUAAACGCCUCUCUAUCAAAACACUUGACUUCUAGGUGUUGAUUAUUUCCUCUUUGAAAAAAAGUCAAAACCACAGCUAGAAUUGUCGACAAACAUAAAUCAGAUUCUCUCAGUAUCAACAUUUCCAGCUGUGCUGCUUAUUGUUUUAGGCCUCGACAGCUUAAGUUCCCCAACAAUAGGGUGAGAAGUUCUGGAGUAAUAUAACCCAUUUUGUGUGAUUUACCCCUGUUUAAAAAACCCUAAUGUUAGAUUUUCAAUAUUAUUUGUGUUGGAUUAUCUCCCAACCUUUGACAAAUCCAAAUGUUUCAUGUGGAAAAGAGAAGUGACAUAAAUUCAGAAAAAGACUGUAAGAAAUCUGACUGUUCUGGCAGGUCUCAUAACUGGAAAAAAACACUCACUUUACUAUUUUGUUCUAUUUUUUAAAGCCUAUGACUGUUUUCUUGGCAGCAACACCUAACACCCACCUGUCAGACUAACCAAAUGUGCAGUUCAAUAUUAGGAAGUGGAUGUCAUUUCCCUGGCGUCUCUUGCAUAAUCUGCUUGCUGGUUUAAUGUCUAACUUUAAAAUGUGUUUUCUGGUUUAUGGAUUAAAAUUUGAAUCAGGUUUUAAAUGUCGGCUGAAACACAAGUGACCAUUGUCCAAAUGAUAUAAUCAAGUUCCUGUCAAGUGAGUUGGCAAACCGAUUGUUUGUUACCAUCCAGCUGACUCUGUCAAUGCCAUUUUGAAAGUUUUGUGACAGGUGCCUAUACUGUAUAUCUCUGGUGGAUUUCUUAAAGAAUAAACUGUUAAUGUGGUGUUGUUAAGAGUUUCUGUUACUCAUCUUAGCAUUACAGCCUCCAAGUUUUGUCUGCUGUGCAUUCAGAUUGUUGGUCUCUUUGUACAUGCAAAUCAUUUUAAGGCCUUUGAGUUUGGCAAGAUUAACACUUGUACACUUUUUUACACCAUUUGGUCACUGGGUCUGUUUCAACUCUAGCAGGUGGGAAGUGAACAAAGCAGCAAAGUUUUAGCAUAAGCAAAUUCUCUUUAAAAUGGUUUGGACUGUGGUCUAUAUCUAUUAUAUAGGCACUGGUCUAGUAUGAUUCUACCCUGUCUUGCAAGAAUGCAUUUGUGGGUCUGACUUUUAUCAUCAGAACAUGUGUAUCUUUUCUCUGUCAGUGUUUUAAUUUAUGCAACUGGCAUAUAUAACCCAUUUAGAGUCAUUAAUUUUCUAAACAUUUUCAGCUGAUCUUGUUACAGAGUUAUAAUUUAGUAAUGUGUGUAAAAUGUAGGACACUAAAACACUCCAAAUGGAAAAUAUUAAAAAUUCAGGCUACAAGCAAAACAUCGACUCUCUGGAUGGCACCAAAGUGGAGUUCUUGAAGUUUUAUGGACCCACACGUAACACCCCUAUGAAACCACAUUUUGUCCUUUUUACAGCUCUGUUUUUAAACAAAUGAGCCAUAACAUGUUUUUAGUGAACUUUGAAGGUGGUUAAAUGCAUAUUUCAUUAAAGUUGGACACAGCCAGGCUACCAAUGACCCUCUUUUUUGCUGUUUUAGCAAAGCUAACAUAACUGGCUGAUGGAGCUAACAUCUGAUUCACAGCGUCUGUCUGUAAAGGAGACAGUGAGGGAAAACCGAGUCCUUACCCAGAAUCACUAGACCCUGACUUGUCAAAACUACAUUAUCCCUGAGUCUGCAGACUUUUUUAAAAAUGCAGUUAGAUUGGGAAACCUGAGAUUUCACAAAUCUGAUACUGUGUUUUAAAAAGUAUGAAAACUCUCUAGGCCAAUCUAGUUUGGGUUUAGUGAUUCUGAUUAAGGACCUUGUUUCCUUCACUAUUUCCUUUACAGACUAGUUAAAAAACUGUGAAUGUGGAGCUAUAUUGUGUUUUGUCAGGUGCCUGUAAGUUCAUAUUUAACAGAGAGGACCCUGAAGUAUGGAAGAGGUAAUGUGCUGUGUGUACAGGGUCCAGCUCACCCUGUUUGAAUUCUGAUCUGCUAUAACCUGCCCAGGAUGUACUUUUUUUAUAUGUCUCAAAUACAAAGCUACUACCACCAGCCAGUUAUGCUCGCUCUGAACAAGGACUGAAAAAGGGGAAACUGUUAACCUGGGUCUGAUCUCAGUCGAGACACUGUCUGAAAGUGUCCCUUUAAUAAAACAACCCAUCCACUAUAUAUUAACCUAAGCUUCUUUCUUACUUCUUACUUUUAAUUUUAAUCAUGUGAAAUCUGUUUUGUUUCUUAUGUGGAAAACAGUCCAUUAUCCUCACAGUGAGCUCUGUUGCCUUCUUGGAAUAGGCAAAACUAGCUGUUAGCUAGCUGGACCUUUCCACUGGUCGUAAUGUAAAACCUAUUGAAGAGGAACUUAUGAAUCAGCGCCACAUACAGUAUAUGAGCCAGUUUCUCAGUCCUGUCACUUUUCUUUUUCAUUUAUCAGUCUUUAAACACUGUUGUCUACCAUGCUGUUUACCAUACAGCCUUUUACUCUUGCUUAAUCUUCAGUUGAAUAGAUUUCUUUUUCCUGUUACAGUUUAACCUCUCUUGUUUCUCUUUUUCCAACCAAAGUUGUACUCUUCAUAGCAAUCAGAUCAUUGCUAUGGAGAAUGCGGACCCAUCAGAAUCAGAUAUUAAACACAUCUGUGUACCAAAAUAAGAAAAACUCCACUUAAAUUGGACCAAAGUACCUGAAAUAAGUUGUAUUUUGGGAGAAUAUUUGUGCAGUUUGUAAAUAUUAGGGGGAAAGCAAAGUAAUAAUAAAAUUUUGCUUGCUUGAUUUACAGUAAUAAGCUAAAAACAUCCUACGGUUUCUCUCAGACAUAGUAACACUUAGAAAGUACAAACACACAGAAACAUUCAAUGAUUGAAAUCCUAUCCAUGAAUUAAAAACAUAUUACUGAAAUAACUACACAAAGUCAGGUGUAACUGCAUGCAUUUUCCGCUGGAGGCUUGGGUAUUGCCUCCCAUACAUUUAUAAUGUAUAUAGCCCUUACUCUAUAGGAGACGCUGACUGAAGCCUCUGCAAUGCAGCACAUCCUGAACCUAUCUCAGACUGCAACACAUCUAAAAUGUUGAACAAGAGUUUUUUAUGCAUAUAAAAUAAGUGUGUAUAUUUUGAGCCGUGAGGGUUUUCUAGCUUUUACAACAAGCAAAGGUACUGGUGUAAUGCGUGAGAGUGAGACUCAGCUAGGACCAGUAGUUUCUUACACUGACUGGCUACACCACGCAGUAAUGUGGGUCAAUUCUGGUGAUCCUUCAGAUCUGUGUGUAGUGUGAUACAUUACAGCAUGCGUGUGUUGGGGCUAAGAGUUAAUACGAGUGUGUGAAGGGUGUCUGUGUGUGUUACAGGCUCUGCCAUUCCAGAGAUGGCGGCGACAAAUUGCGACGAUGAUUUAUGUUAAUCCAUGUCAUGUUACAGAGACUUGAUGACAUGAUGCACAUUAUGAUACCCUCCGCACCAUAGAAAUUAACACUAAUAUCCAAUUAAAUCAAACUUAGACAGAGCAGAAGACUGCACAACUGAGUGGUGAGCAUUGUUAGCAUGAAAUUAUGGAGAUUCAGUGCAAAUGAUAAACAUGUGGAGGUAAAACUCAUUAGUCCCUGAUGUUCCAGCUGUCCUCUUUUUAAAUAAGCAAAACACUUCAUUAUGUAUUUCAGUCCAACUUUUGAGAACAGAUCAUUACAGAAUUAAAACUGACAGAUGAAGACAAAAAAACUAUUUCAUACAGUUGUUUUCACAUUCUCUAAAUUCCACUAUUCCCCAUUUUGCAGUAAUGAGAUAGCUUACACGUGUAGUGCUUCAUUAAUCAGACAAAGAAGGGAAUACUCAAAUAUUUUACUCUCUUACACAAAAUUUUAAUUUAUACCCCUGAUACACUUUUAACCCAAAUCUUAGAAACCUGCUCAUUAUUGUAGUGAGAUGCCAAAUUUGAACCCAUUAGCAAAUGUUCCCUGUGACAUAAUUAGGCCUUGUUUUUGUCUAAUAAUUGCCAAAUUGUGUUAAAUCAUACAUGGUGUAUACUUCUAUCAAUCUGUAAUUGGGAUUUGGUCAAGCAAUAAGCCCAAAUGAAGCUGUAUGUGCAAAAACAGACUGCAUGAAACUCCUCCAAGUGUGGCUUCAAGGAGGCUAAAAUGUCCUCUGCUGUCUUCAACCUCAUUCCUGGAUAGAAAAUAUAGAAAUACACACAGAAAUGAACACAUGUGUGCAUGAUGGUCAGUCAUAUGUGCAGACGCUGAUGCAUGUGUGCAUCUGAUAAUCUGAGAAAGGUCAUAGUCAGCUCGUUUGUCCUUCACGCUUCCUGCUUAAAGACUGUAACUGGGGGAAGCGACACUCAGAAUGUAGAUGACCUAUAUAGUAUUACACUGCAGAGGAGGAGUGCUGUGCUUCCACUGAAGGGAGCGAGAAAAGAGGCUUUUCCCCAAAGGAAGAGGACAGGGUUAGGGGUUCAGACACAUACUGAGGGGACUUUCAUGUUUAUCUUUAAUGGUGGCAGAUUCAGAUUUUGCUGUGCUGUGUAAUAGUGCCUUCUUUCAUUUCUCAUGCAGGUAUCUGUGGGAAGUCUGAAAUGUCCGUGAACAUAUCCUAUGACGUACUACACAUCCCAGCUGGGGUUUAAGAGUAAUCAGACAAGGUUAUGACACAUGAGACAAGCAAGCAGGAGAAAUAGGUGAUACUUUUACCAGAUGAUCAUAUCGCAGAAGAGUUAAAGACAGAAAGUGCUUACCUCUGCACCCCUGCCCUCAAAGAUGCAGAAUAUCGCCAGUCAGCAUUAGGAGCUUUCGGCUGAGCGAGCAAGAGGUAAAGAGAGAGAGAGAAAGGAGGGGAAAAAGAGGAGGGAAAGAGAGAGAGUUUAGUUUGAUCUCAUACUGUGCAGAUCCAGGCCGGGCCAUGGUCUCAUCAAUUAAUCAUGAUACACAUCCCAGUUCUGGACGUGAUAGGAACACUGCGAUCGUCCCCUGUUUGCAUGCACACACACACUCUCAUGCAUACAUAUUGAUAUCCACCCACAGUCACGGACACAGGAUGACUUUAAAAAGACCACUAACUGAACACUGUAUUGAUGAGUUUUGGACACACUCACUUCAUGGCUCUUUCAAUGUGAGAGCCAGGAGAGUGAUGCUCUUUCCCCGAGUGCCGGGCUGUUUGUAUAGACUGAUGUGAGUACAUGUUUGUGUAAAUCUGUCGACUCCACAUGAACCUGCGUGGGCUGAGUGCUUGACACUCCCAGAAGACCUCUGGUAUAUUACUGCCUUGCAAAGCCAAUAAGCAAGAGCAAUAAUCGCCAUGGCAGCCACAUCCUAGUCCUGGUCCUGUAUACAUGAGAGGGUAAACCCUUUACAGGUACUGCUAAGGUGUAGAGUUAAGCCAACUAAUCAAUAGAGUGUUCAAACUAUUAACUGGUUGCAUCAUCUUAUUACCUUUUGAAUGAUGAAUAUUCAAGAAGGAUGCUCCAUAAUAUCAGUGUAUCAUCAGCGGUUGAUUUAACUCUGUUAGAGGCUUUUGAAUCAAGUAUUGGCCAUGGCCUUUAAGUAAAUAUGUCCGCCAGUAUGAGAGGUCAACUGCAUAUUGCAUACAUGAUGAGGUUGUUUUGCUGAAUCAUUGUAAUCCUUUUACUAUUCAGGUCAUUUAAAGGCAUACACAACACACUCUGAAACAGUAGGUGGCUGUCUUUUCUUAAAACUCCUGUGAGAGGUUUUUAGCGGGUUAUGAAACAGAGUGAAAUUAACAGUGAUGCCUCUUUAUGACCUACAAGACCAUUAGCAACAAGACUGACAAUUUCUUUAAUGUGAUUUUUAAACCCUGAGACCACACACGCGUCAGGCAAGCUUAGCAAAGAAAAAAGCUGUUUCAUUGUGUCUGCAGGGGCCAGAACAUUGCACUAUUGCACUACUACCUGCUUGUAAUUUUCGUAACAUUUGAUGUUUAAUGUUUGUACAUAAAGGGCUAAAUUUACCAUGUAUGUGUUUGCAUACCUGGCCAAUGAAGCUGACUCUGAUUCAGAACUUAAACUGAAAUAGAGUUACUGAAAGGAGCUUAUAAGUUAAGAAGGUAUCCUAAUGUAUGUUUCUAAAAACAUGGUAUUGCAUGUGUGUCUCUACUUCGAAUCAUGACAAUAAGACAAUCACAUUUAGUUUGUUUAACAUGGACCAAGAGACACUGGAUGAUGUUUGCAUUUAAGUGCAAAAAUAUUAAUAAAUCUGUAUCGACAAUCAGCCCAAAUAAGUCGUGAGAUGUUGGCCUAGCAGAUGUCAGAAUGUAUUUCUCAGAGAAGCCAUAAAAUAUUAAUAGUAUGAGUUUUCUGGCUAGAGGUUAAAAAAGACUAAAUAAGUCUAUCAAUUGUUUUAAGGUUACAGCUUUCAGCUACUGACUUCAUUAAGCUGAGACUUCUCAUACAUUUACCUGUCACAUUACCAACAUUUUCUUAAUGAUUAAGACUUCAAAUCCAAAUUGCUUCAACAGGGUAAAGAGUCAUGUUUAUAAUGAGGUUUUCUCUCCUGGCGCUUUUUGUGAGUAACCCUUUUGUAAUCACGCUCUUCCAGUGUGGCUAAUGUGCACACGGACGCUGUGUGAAAUGAUUUAGAACAUCUGUAUGACAGCUCAUGCUAAAAUGUGUCAGCAUCAUGUGGGUUUUGACCUUGGACCUUGAGAGCGCUGAAUAACAAAAGCUGCUCUGUACCCGCUCAGAAGUGGCAAGUGUUCCAGAUAAAGGUGGCACAUUAUGUUCCCUAUUUCCAAUUCAGAGGGGAGUAUUUUCUGCUGGUAGACCCAGCCUCUUUGACCAAAUCUAAUUUGCCGGGCUGAGGGACAGAGGCUGGAGGUUAAUCUAAUCUACAUGGAUACACUUGUCCUGGUACUGGAAGAGGUUUUCCUAUAACUAAUGUACUGGUGACUGGCAGCUGAUAAUGAAGAUGAUGCAUCCAGUGAUAACCUCUAAACUGUGGGAGACUUCUCCUUGACAAUGGGAUGUUUACAGCAAUAUCAAUCCUGUUAUUGAACAUCUAAUCCAGUCUAUUCCUCUAGCAUAAAGGCAGGAUAUCUAUCAUGAAGCCUAGAAGCUGGAAGUAAACCUAAACUCAUCAAGAGUCAAGACAUGAAGAUGUAGGAGCAGGAAAAUAGUGCAUGCAUGGCUGGAAAAGCAGAUAAGCAGGAUUUCCUCAGUGGGAUAGUUAAGAAUGAACAACAGCAAUAUUCUGAAUUUAGACUUCUUUGUUUAGAGUGUUUAAGAUUUGAUUGCUUUUUUUUUUUUUUUUUGCAUUUCUUGGGAAAUUGGAUAUUACUUGUACAAACACUGUCACAAGAUCACAUACUGUUGUCUGGUGGGCCAUUUUUUCAAGAGUUAAGAUUAUAUCAUUGCAGCAUUUUGCACUGGUAAUGCAUCUUUGCAGACAAACAGACCAUGACCUUUAAGACCCCUGUCACAGGCAACAUCAGCUACUCCUGCAGGGCCUUUGAUCAAGUCAGUUAACCCCCAAGUGCUCCACUGUAACAGUUUUACUCACACAGAGACACACUAACCCCCCCCCACACACACACGAGUCAAACCCACUAGCACAGAGAAUGAGCAAGUACUGAAGACUACAUGACCUGUUCUUAAUGUAGAUGUGAUGACAACCCUCAAAGUGAAACACAAAUCUCUGAAUCAUCAGAAAUAACACAGGAGCCUGAAAAGCAUCAGACCUGACACUAAUGCAGAGUGAGUGCUGAGCUGGGCUGGGCUCAGCGACUGCACGGUACAAGUGGGAACUGAACAAAGAGAGAUGAGGCCUGCAAGGAUUCAAUUCACUGCAGGAGGGGAUCAAACUUGGCGUGAAGGAAUAUCAUCGCCCUGCAGCACCAACAUCUGACAAAAUCAGUGCAAACUUUAGCGAAAGCCAUAAAGAAUCCUGUUUCACAUGCAUCUAAAAUGGUCUACUGUUGUUUGUAAUUACCUAAAAUGUCAUUCAAUCUAACAACAUAAUGAUUCAUAUCCUUCUAGUAAUGUGUAGAAAGGUGGAGAUGAAAAAUUAAUGACAAACCUCUGGGCAGAUUUGCAGCGAGGCAUCAGGCAUACUCAGUCUGCGUACAAAUCCACUUCCACUGGUGAAGAAGCGGUCAGCACCACUGCCCCAGGUGCCACUGAUGGGACGUCCUGUGUUGUAGAACAUGAACGUAUCACUACCAGAGGUGGCGGUCAGACAGGUCUUGUAGCAGUAAGUCUUUGUGAGGGAUCCAUUCCCACGCACUUCGAUGUAGUGAGGCUCAACUUUAAGGUCUCUACGAAGCACCACAUUGUUAUUAGGUUGUGCUCCGGCAGCUGCAGCAGCCCCACCAGCACUUACACUGCUGCUCCCACCAUCUGGAGGGGGCUUCUGUGACCCACAGCAAGGGGAGCAUGACCCAGGCUGGGUGCAGUAGGCGUGACACCGAACGAUGGCCAACACCACCACAGUGACGAGGAACACGAAGGUGGUGGCGCUCAAAGCGACAAUCAGGUAGAGAGUCACGUUGGAGAACAGCAGGGUGCUGUGGGGUUUCAUGAUCUUCCUGGUGUCAGGAACAGCUUUAGGUGGAACUUCCAUGACGGCUACGUUGAUGGUGGCGGUGGAGGAAAGGGCAGGCUGCCCGUGGUCCUUCACCAGAACAGUCAGAGUGAAGGAGGUGGAGUUGUCCUCCAUGAUCCUUCUAGUGGUCCUGAUCUCACCGGUGUGUUCAUGUACCUUGAACAAGUCCAGGUCAGUGGCUGUCUCCAGCACAUAAACCAGCCAGGCAUUUGGACCUGCGUCUGCAUCAUAGGCUACAACUUUGGUCACCAAGGCACCAGGCUCUGUGUUCUUUUGAACUGUUUCCAAGGAGCGUGUACCAUUGCCGGGAGGGUUGACUAUUAAUGGUGCGUGAUCGUUCUGAUCCAUGAUGUAGAUGUAGACGGUGGCAACUCGGCUGAGUGGGGGAAUGCCCCCAUCUUGAGCUUUGACCUGGAAGUGAAACUCUCUCAGUGAUUCAUAGUCAAAGGCUCGCAGGGCGUAAGCCUCGCCUGUAUCGGCCUUCACAGACACAUACGAGGUGACAGGGAUGCCAUGGUUGUUGUCAUUGAGCACUGUGUAGGUGAUGCGCGCAUUUUCUUUAAUGUCUGCAUCCUGCGCUUUCACAGUACACAAAGAGGCCCCAGGGGCAUUGUUCUCUGUCACAUAUACAGUGUAGGAAGUCUGCUCAAACCUGGGUGGGUUGUCAUUCACAUCGGCCACAUCUACCUGUAUGGUCUUCUGGGAGGAAAGGGGAGGGUUCCCACCAUCUGUGGCACUCAGAGUGACAUUGUAGGCAUCGGUGGUCUCUCGGUCCAGAAAGGCAGAGGUAACCAGAGUGUAGUAAUUUCUGAAUGAUUUGAUCUUGAAAGGAAGGCCUGCUGGGAUCUCCAAGCUCACCUGCUUGUUAGCGCCGGAGUCUCGAUCAGUAACACUAAUGAGGGCCACAACUGUGUCUGCACGGGCGUCCUCCCUCACAGGGCUCGACAGAGAUGACAGCACUAUCUGAGGGACAUUGUCAUUCACAUCCACUACCUCCACCACCACCUUGCAGUGUGCUGCCAUCGCCCCAGGGCCCUUAUCCAUCGCUUGGAUGUACAUCUCAUAGGAGUUAGUCUCUUCAUAAUCAACAUUGCUCCUCACUCUUAUCUCUCCAGUGUUUGUGUCCAUGCUGAACAUCUGCCUCACUCUCUCUGGAGUGUAGCUGCUGAAAGAGUAAUAAAUCUCUCCAUUGGUGCCCUCAUCCAGAUCAGUGGCAUUCAGUUUAAUUACCAGAGUGUCUUUGGGCGAGUUCUCUAACAGUUUCACCUUGUACACUGAGCUGUCAAACGUGGGGAUAUUGUCAUUUGUGUCCAGGACCCGGACAUUGAUUGUAGCCGUGCCUGUUUUCUCUGGUGUCCCACCAUCCACAGCACUUAGAAUUAACUGGUGGUAAGGCGUCUGUUCUCGAUCAAUGGGCUUCUUGAGCACGAGCUCGAUGUGCUUUGUAUUGAGGGAGGGUUUGUUGGACACCAGAGCGAAAUGGUCGUUGGUGCUCAGCUGAUACAUGCGCACAGAAUUGGACCCAAUGUCUGGAUCUUCUGCAUUUUCAAUGGGGUAACGAGACCCUGGUAAAGCAGAUUCUGUGAUUUCCAGUUGGUACUCAUCUCUGGGGAACUGCGGCGCAUUAUCAUUGGCGUCCACAAUCUCCACCUCGACAUGGUGUACCUCAGAGGGGUUUUCAACCAUCACCUCCAGAUUAAUGAGGCAGGUGUUUGAUAGAUCACACAAUGCCUCCCUGUCAAUCCUCUCAUUGACAAGUAAUUUCCCAUUUUUGGGGUUGACAAUCACAUAGCGUUUGCCGCUGUUAGAGGUUACCUUAAUUUUUCGGGUGGCGAGCUUUCGAAUAUCCAGCCCCAAGUCAUGCGCCAAAUCACCGACCAGUGCCCCAUUUUCCAGUUCUUCUGUGAUAGAAUAUCGUAACUGUCCAAACGAAAGGCCACAAAACAAGGAAAAUAUCACAAAAUAAAAAGGCACAUUAUUCCCUAUCCAGUUGCAUAUCCCCGCCACAGCCAUUGCAAGCUCAUAGGAUCCGCAGACGGAUUAAACGCAGCCUUCCGCCUUUUUAGCUUGCAGUAUCUUGCAUCCCAGCACCUCAUUAAGGUGGGCUAAUUGGUCUUCUGGUAAUGAAACAGUAGCGGCUCAUCCAUUGUGUUACCCGGCUGAGGUGAAUCCUCUCCAGCGCACCCAUAUUUCCUUUGUCCGUGAUGCGCUUUUUGUCUCCAGUGCGCGCUGCUGACGGGUGUGUUUCCCUGCCGCUGGAGCUGUGAGAUCUGUAAAGACAGGGGAAUUUUCAACAAAUUAAACCGGAAAAGUGUGUGUUUCCUUCAAAAUAAUUUAGCAGAAAGCGUCACCUCCUUUCCCUCAGCUAAUUCAGUUUGCUUACUUAUGCCGAGAAACUCAAGACACGUCAAAAUGCAUGUUGGCACCGUUAAAUACUGAAAUAGAGAGUUUUUCUAGAGUGUUUAUUGAAUUUCUCAUUGUCCUUUCACAUAACUUGCAAGUUUAUAUAAGUUAUUAACAGGAUCAACGAGUUAUUGGCGCUCCAGUGCAAAUCGUUUCCAUUUAAUUUUGUUUUAAAGUGCAUGAUACCUUGUAUAUUUGCAGAGUAUUUCAUUAAAAGCUUAAAGUAGAAUGAAUACGCAUCAACCAAGCUUUUAUUUUGAAAGUACAUACGGAAAUGGGGCAAUGAAAUGACGCUGACUUGACUGUAUGAGGACAGUAUCCCACCCUAGCGCGCUCUCAGACUCCUGCUCUCUCCUCUUCACUGUGGCGCAGCUCCCCUCCUCCUUCUCCCCCCACCCUUUUCUCUCCUCUCAUCCCUUCAUGGCGAUGUCGGUGUCGGGGUCUGAAGCUAAUAGACGACCAACACAUGAAUGCACCCCCUCCAUAUGACCAUAAAUAUACAUGUAGUGUAGUCCACUACACCACUCAUUCAUUAAAAAAAUCACAAUUACGGUGCAGCACGUGGCUGGAAAACAUCUUUGUUAAAAUCAGUGAAAUGGAAAAUGUAGCCCAAAUACGUGGAUGAACCAUUGAAUUCACCGGUGUUGAAUUUAUCCAGACUCAUGCUGCUCCUGAAGGCAAGGUCACAACCAAUCUGCAAAUAGUCAGCAUCACAUCUCCUCCUUUUAAAUGAGAGACACAAGCUGGAAACAAUCGCAGCCACACACACACGCAGAGAGACACAUGUUUGGGGACAUGCUCAUGUUUGUCUCUUUGUCUGGACUGGAAUCGUAAGGAUGGGUAAUUCGCCGGUAGCGAUUCUGUGGCGCAGCCCACCGCAUGGCGAGCAUUUGGGCAAAGCGCAGCAGAAUGAAAGCAUUGCACUGACAAUCACAAGCUUCCCUCCACAUGGAUCACUGUCAGUGGUAGACCCCGGACUGUCAGGUCACAUAAUCGUAUUUAAGAUGCCCGUGGUGGACCCCACAAAGCAGGAGUCUCAUGUUCUCUCUAAAGGCUAUAGCAGCCCAUAUCUCCCGAGGAGAGGCAUGAUAUAGGGUUAUAUAUGGGCACGGAGACAAGAAAGAUGACAGCCUGCUAAAAUCGACUUAUGAAUUUGAAAACAAAUAAUGAGACUGGACGUGGUGCAGAGCUGAAGUGUUUGUCUUUGUCUGAGAACAAUCCAGCCUGUUUCUCUGAUUGCAAAAUUCACAUUAAUUGUAAAUAAAUGCAACAGUUACCCCCUCCCUGACAGAUUUUUGAUGAAUUUCUAGGAACUAGCUCCCCAACCCUUCAUUUGAGGGACAACAUGUUAAAAUUGUGGAUACAUAAGCACUUCACCACAGUGGUAUGGGGUUUGCAUAUCCUCCCAGGUGGAAGAUUUAGAUUGUCCACAGGUGUUAAUGUGUUACAUGGAAAAAUAACCCAGGGGUUUAAAGAUGGGAGGGGGGAAAUUGUGUGAAGCUUUCAGGUUUGUGCAAAAAAAGGGUAUUUUGAAUCCUCAGGGCCUUAAAUGCAAACAUCUGGUGACAAAAUGCACAAGAUUUUGCAGCCAUGGACAACACCAAUACAACACCUCUCAGAUAUUUUAACUGUUAUUAUAGCUCUUAGAGAGGCGUUGAUUGCCACUUUUGUAACAUUUUGUCGCAAUAUGAUGCGACAAGAGAAUAAAAUUCAUAAAUUAACAUGCUUUUAUCACUUUACCAUUGAGUCAAUUGGAAAUUUGUGUUUGACCUACUUUCUCUUAACGCAUUAUGCAUCCCCCCAUAUGAUUUAGGAUGAUUCACCUGUUUCAUUGUUGUAGGCAUUUCAUCAAAUUCCAGCCGUUCCCCCCAAUUGCGUGUGGUUGAUGACAAAGGUACGCAGGAUUUACUGUGUUUUGGUAACACAGCUGCUUCAGUGACCUAUUUCACAGACUGUUUCUUUAUGCAGAGGUGAGCCAGGUGCCCUCAGUGAGAGCUGAUAGAGCACAUCUGUUGAAGUUAAGUGCUUCCUGCCCACAUGGGAUUGUGUUGCUGCUUGCUGUUUCUGUUUUAUUGAUUGGUACUUUUUUUGGUCAGUGCCGAGCUUGAAGAGAACUCGUUUUGGCAUUAUUAGGAAGUUUAAGUACAUCAUUCUAACACUCUAUAUACUUGUCCUCCCUUUCUUGCCUUGUUUUUGGUGAAAUCUCACUGUUCUUUUACUACAAGGUUGGGUUAGGUUGUCGCUGCAGCCAAAUUAUGUGACCAGAUGACAUACAAAAAAAAAUGCAUGCUCAUCCUCACACAUACGCCACAUCAUACAUUUAAUUUACAUUAUUAAUUCACACACAACCUCACAUCAAUCUUGCAAACCUCUUUUGUUUGUAUUUGAUCAUCUGAACCACUGUACAACCUUUUUCAUUUUUACUCUUUUACCAAAUCUAUCAUGUUUUAGAGCUUCUUGACUGAAAUAUUCCAAAUUUGGGCCUUUCAGUCUUUUUCUAGGUGAUUGAAGAUGGGGCCACACCCUCAUGUGAAUAUAUCUUUCAAACCAGUAGCUCUAUAAGCUCCAUGAUGUAGUCAAACAUGCAAGAGGGAAACCAAGGUGAAAAAUGACCAGUGACAGAAACAUAUUGAUUUAGAAAAACUCUAUGUGGCAAUGAGUGAGAGUGUUAGCUUGUUUCUUUCUUGUUGAUAUUUAGUAAUUGCCCUGAACCAGAAUGAUACAUGUACUCACCAUGUUUUUUUCUGAAAUGGUUGUUUCCUACGAAUUAAAACAGCAUCAAAUAGUUUUCUUACAAGAAUAAUCAUAAGAAUAUUUUUUUCUUGAAACCUGAUUUUUGCUAACCUUACAUGGACAGAAAAAAAGCAAUGUGAAACAAAGACAUAGGACCCUCUUCAAAAGCUCUCAGUCAGUGUCACCUGUAUGCAGAGCCGGCCGCCCAGGCCUCAAUGGGGCCCUAAGCAGAAUUUGUUUUUGGGGCCCUCUAUUUCUGCCUAUAAUAUUGAUUGUUGAUCAUUCACACACCUUCACAAAUCUCUUUGAUUAACAUUCCCUGACAUGCAAACAUACCUUUAUCUUGGCGUUUUUUUUCUCUUCUUCCUCUUUUUCUCUGCUCCUGAAGGAUAUGUCAGGCACAUAACGGUAACGGAGCUUUGACAUAUUGGCAGUAAGAAUCAUAGGUCUGCAUCAGCAACAGCACUAAAAUGUUUUUACUUUAUUUUAUUUUUACAAUAAUAUAUAUUUGAUCAUACAGAAAGCAUCACUCAUACAUGCAAAAAAUAUAAUUGUUUUUCUUUUUUCUUUUUGAUUGCUUUUGGGGCCCCUUAUUAGCUGCGGAGCCCUAAACAGGCACUCAGAUCGCUUAUGCCUUGGGCCGGCUCCGCCUGUGUGGUUUUCUAGUGUCCAGAGAGGUGGCGAGGGGUGUCGCUGACCCCUUGAAAUCUGAUUGGCUGCCUCCGGAGUGUCCAGAAGUUCUAUAUCAUGAUUAGCCAAUGGUCAUAUAAGAGGAGGGAUUAAUGCUAACAACCAACCAUUUGGGCUGUGCAAGUGGCACUUUUUUUGUUAGUGCAUGAAAUUACAACUUUAGACGAACAUCCCCCUCUUGUGCGUAUAAUAGAAUAAAUCAAGAACAUUUAUGUGUCUAUGUCAGUGCCCCCACUGCACUCACACACACUCUCCUUUAUGAACAGAGUAAGGUUUCAAUCACUGCACAAGAGCUCAAAAAUAGCAACACCAACAGUUAAACUAUACUAUUUUCUCCUCUGUGUUUUUAUGGAGUACAGGUUUUAUAGUACAGAUAAAAGCAGGUCAAACUUAAAAACACUGACUGGCAUGCCAUAGAGAAUCAAACAAUUGUGUAUAUGAAAGAGUCCAAUGCUGUUAUUUUAGUUGAUUGAUAAGUCUACCUCAUAGGCAAAUGACACCAUCAUUAAUCUCUGUCUUAAGUGUCAAAUAGUGCAAAGAGUUUCAGAAAAUAUCCUUAUGUUAAUCUGUUAAACUUGAAUUUUAAAGGGAGCAUAUUGAAGAAGCAAGUGAGUCAUAAUAAGGAGACUAAAGAGGAAUUGCUAGGUCAGUAGUCAUGGCUCCCUUGUGUGAGAUUUGGGGUAGAGUCCAAAGAUAACAACAUUAUAAUCAGGCAGUGAAGGAAUUAGAGGCCUUGUGUUCAUGUACCAAAAAAGAAACUGGAGAGACACCACGGAAUAUUUAACAGGCACUGCUUUUAGUUCAGCAAAGAGGAAUAUUGGCUGUAAACUACAUCUUUGUUUCAGCAACAAAACAACUAUGAAUAAAAUCAUCUGUAGCAAAAAUCACACUGUGCCCAGCCAGGCUGCACUAUUUUUGGCCAAAGCUGAGGGAGUCUAGGAAAUCCGUCCAAAACAGACAAGCAAAGUCGGUCACAACAUCUGGCAGGGCAAGGCUGUUCUGAUAGCCUUGAGCAGAUAGAUCCCUGCCUGAAUGCAUCUUAUGGAGAAGAGCAGUGAGGGUUUCUUUGAGGAGUCUUUACUGGGUCAACUGGACCACAGGAACAUGUUACUAUAAAUUAGUUUUAUUCCAGGGUUUCCCAAGUGGAUACCAAAUUCAAACAACUGUAUAUUAUACAGAAAUUGAGAAAAAUCUGUGAAAUCAAAAUGUUGAAAAUCAAAAGGGCUUACAUACUGUAUGUAUACAUUUUAAUGCACUACUCAAUCAUCUUUCAUCUCUCUCUCAAAGCUAAUUUGGCAAUUAUGUACCCUUCACAUAGACUGACCAAAUCAUGUCAGCAGUGUCAUUUAGGCUCCUAAACUGAAGAAGUAUGAUCUCAAAUGUUAUAGUUUAUAUUAAGUAUUUCUUUGCUGCACUGUUCUGUAACAUGCCUGGGUUUGUUAGUCACCACUUGCUCUGAAAAAUAGAUACACAGUGUGAAAAACGCACCAAGAAUUUUACUGGCUGGUAGUGUAAUUUGAUCAUUAUUCCAAGUUGCCAUGACUUUGCAAAUGUGCAAAUAAUGCGAUCUCUGCACACAUUCACAGUCUGAUCAGCAACAACAUCAGUGGAAUAGGAAUCACUACAAACAUAUGGACCUCUGACAUUCGUCCAGUGAGCAUGCUUAAUUUGACAGUUUAGUGGCUGGAUUAUGGCUUGAAAUGGAAAAAGACAUUAUUACAUGCACAGCAGUGCUUCAGUUCACAGCAAAGAAAACACUGUGCUUUGUUUCCGUGUAUGAACAAUAAGGAUUACAUUUGGAAUGGUAAGGUAUGCGAUAUCAACCCACUGAGUAAUAGACAGCAAUUAGACAUCUAUUUUUUUUAAAACCUAAUUUCAACCGUCUAGAUUCUGUUAUUUUUAGACAGAAUUUAGACAUUGCAUUAAUGUAUGUUAACCCAUUAUUUGAUAACUAUUUAUUUCAAAAAGCAACUGUGAGUUGCACAACUGAUCUCCAAGUACUUAACCAAAGUAAUUAUCAUAGUCGUUGAGCAAUAUACUGUUUAGUAUAGAUAUAGACUUCAAUUUCAAUUUUAGACUUGUGGUAGCCUGAUUUUAGACCAGUCGUCUAGGCUACAUUUAGACUUCUAUCAGACCUCUUUUAGACCAAAAAAUGCUCAGUGGGAACAUAUGAAUACUGUACAUAUAUGCCUUUACUCUCUUAAUCCAAGCCUCCCUUACCCUUAGCUGUGUGUAAACAACAAAUUUCAAAAUAUAACAUAAUGCAUCAGUAGCCUUUUCAUAUCAUACAUCCCAGUUUGCCAACAAUUUUUGUCAUCUGAAGUUUAGUUUAGUUUAACCAUAACACUGCAGACUGUUGCAUUUAAUACUAGCUGUAUUUCUGAACACAAGAACAUACAUCCAGCGUGACACAGUGCCAGUAAAAUUUACUUCCUACUAACUAAACAUAAUGCAUAGUCCAAUGGCAGUAAGUGGCAGAUCUUGUGUUGUAUAUAAUUCAUCCCUUCAAAUGACCCUUAAUAUUAUAUUUCACCUCCACAUUGACUGUAUCAGAGAGAUCGCACAAUAAGUGUGACAUUCAAGGUAUUGGUACAGACAUAAAUGUGCACCCACACUCACUCUAUACACACUGCUGAUUGUUCACCUGCUCAGCUAUAGGAACCAUUUUAGGUUUGUUUCAUAAGACUCAGAAAACAGUGUUUCCAUAGCAACAGGAAUUUGAUGACUGUUUCAGUGCCAGCUGUGUUAACAUUAUGCAUUUGAUGUACUGUCCCCACACAUAGCUGUUUAUCAACAUGUCACCACAAAGCGAAUGCUGAAAAAAAAUCUGUUAUACAUGCCUAAAAGACAGAGAUUUAUAUUUAUUUGUGCAAAUACACCUUUUUUUUAAGUUAGGGUUAUACUUAGCAGGAUGAAGUAGUGGCUGCAAAAACAGCUGCAAUGUCCUCAAGCAAGUGUCUGUCUGUCCAUCUGUCCAUCAUGUGCGAUACCCAUUGUCAGAAGAGUCAAACUCCCUAGAGUGCCUUUUGCAGAAUUAAUCUUUACACUGAUCCACUUUUCUUUACAUUUUCUUUCAACAGUCACCGGCAUUGUGCUGCAUGUAACUUGCAUGCAUUCAUCUGAAACAAACCCAGAAUGGCCAGCAUUAACUAGCACAGCAGUGACCCCAUGGCAAGGGCAGCCACACAUAGAACAACCUGCCACAGGCGCCACUCAAGAUAGAGUCGGAAUCUCCAUGCACUUAACUCCAUCGUACAACUUCUACAUCAGCCUGGCCCCCAGAUCAGACUUGAAAAGUCCCUGGUUCCCCUGUGAAUGUGAGUCCUGUUUCUUAUUCAUGUUCACACUUCUGUAUAUAAAUAUUACAAUAAUCACGACAUGAAUUCUCUCUAAUCUGCAGCAGCGUUUGCCUCAUCAAAACAAGAUCGUACAGGCGUUAAAUAAAAGCAACAAGACAGACGUUGUCUGUGGAGAUAAAGAGUGUAAAAACUCAGAGUUUGCAGAUGCUGUAAUAGAUUUGUUUUCCUGUCUGGUCCAGUGUGUGUCUCGAGAUCAGAGCGACAACCUGUUCAUUUCCAUUUCUGCUGAGAUGCAAAAACUGUUUUAUCACUCUACACUCGGUCUGUGGCAGCUUAGACACGAGAUAAGAACAAAUGACGCAUCAAUCCUGCCUCUGAUUCUGCUCCAGUGACACAUUACUUCACUCUUAGCUUCAGACCCUUUUGCUCUAUCCUUCCAGCUGUGAGGAAAACCCUGGCUCUAGGUGUUAGGACUCCACUUGACCCCAUUGUGCAUCUUCUCCAGCCAGGGUGUCCUCUCUGCUCAUCUGACUCACUCGUGCAAGUGGGUCACGCACCCUCAGCUUGUCUCAUACUAUGACUUAGAUUGUUGCAGUUGUAUUUGCAAGAUAGUUUAAAGGAGUAAAGCAAAAAUCACAAUGGUAGGAGUGGGGAUAAAAUGAUUCAACAGCAUGGAGACAUCGUGAUUAGGUUGGCGUCCGCAUGAGAGUAGUGAUUUGAGCAACUGUGGCAUCACUUAUUGGUACAACUUUGCAGCGCAGAUUUCUACAUCUUUGUUGUCGCUACAUUGUUUUUGUUACCAAACUAGAUAAGAAAUAGCAAAAGUGAACACAGAUUCAACCACUGAGCUUGAAAAAAUGUCAUUAAUUUGCUUUUAACCGCAAAUCAAUUGCAGUUCAAUGAUACAGUAAAGCCUUAUAAAAGCAGAGUAUUAGUUUGUUUGCUCAAAAACCACAUAACAAUUAUGUGCAUAACAGCUAUGUAUAUGGUGUGUACUGAUAAUAAUUAUGUCCAAAUCCUUUCUCACACAUAGGGUAACUGCUACAUAAUCCCACUUUUUUGUGCUCUUCUCACUCUCCCUCGCAAAAUUAUCUUCCCACUCCAGAUGGCAGCUCUCUGACUGAUCUGACCUGUUGUUAAUUGCUUUAAAUUUUCUUUUCCUCUUAAUGUGAAUAUGGGUUUGGUAGUGCAGUUCUUACCGGUAUGUGGCUAAGAGUAGUUUCUUUGCAGUUUUAAUAGUUUUAUAUGUGUGUGUGCGCGUGUGAGUGCAUCCAGUUCAGCUGGACUGCCAGACUCUUAUAGCUUUCAGUGAUUCAUGGCAGCUGUCAAAUUACUACAAAAACUCUGGGUUGUGACAUUCUCUGUUUAUGUUGCUGCAAACAAGACUGAGCCAAAUGUUUCUGCUGUUGUGACUGUAACAAUGACUCACUGCUAAGUCUCACAUCCUCCAAACCUCCAGCACAGACAGAGGGCACCAGAGAGCACGUCCUCCUGAUGUCCCACUGCAUGCUACAUUUUAAAAUGACUGCUGCUUUCCACAGUCUUAAGCCAGGGACUGGUACCUCCAAGUUCUUUAGGGACUUAGACGACACUAGGACCCUCAGUUUGAGACUAAUGUCAGAAAACUCUGACCAAGCCCUGAAACUGACUUUCAUGCUGAGAAAAUCUAGACAGGAUUGAGCAAAUCCACAUAAUCUGGUUAAAAUAUGCUUAAGCCGCUUUCCGCCAUCUCUGAAAAUCUCCAUUUUUAAUAUUCUAAUCCAGUGCUCAAUAGUGAAACAGACAGUGCUCAAUAGGGAAACCCAUUUGCAGGAUCAAUAGACCACUGCCUACUUGUCCAGCUCUGUGCAAACAAAGGCAGUUCUGUGAUUGAGAAGGAGGAGGAUCAGAAGGUGAUUCAUGAUGAAGUGAAAAGAUCAGAAAUGAAAGCACUGCAGCUCUGCACAAAGAAAUCCUGAUGAUGGAUAAUGGGCUGCUUAAUUGCAUACAUUUUCAAACCAUCAGUCAUAACCUGAUAAAGCUUUUACUUCUACUUAACAGUGGAGAGGGGAGAGAAGUUUUCUACACCCUUGUUUUUGUAUAAGUGCAUCAUGGAAACACUCAAAGGCUACAAACACUUAACACAAAAAGGCUGGUGGUCAGUGAACUUCUUAAACCUCCCCUUUGUGAUAUACUGCAUAUUGAAAUAUUAACAAAGCAAAGCCUUUUUUAUUGAUUUGCUGACCUGGUUCCCCUCAGGGUCACAUCAGGGUCAGCUCUCGCUUUACAUACAAUAAGACCUCUGACAGGUCGCCAGCUCAUCACAAGGCAAAUGUGGGAAUAUUUUAGCACAGCAUAGAAAAACCUCACAUUUAUCAUUAAACUGAACUACCUUUUUUUGUUACUCUAUUCGUGUUUUCUAAAUCGCUUAAGAAAUCAGAGAUGUGGGUGGCCACACACAGCUGCCCUACAUACUAUUCUUACCUAAGAUACGCAGCAGAUAAAUAACUGGAAUAAUAAGAUUUUGUUUGAAAGCAUCUCGCAGGGACCCUGCAUAGUGACCUGUUGUACAAAAAAAGAAAAAGAAAAAUCACUUUUAUUCCCCAGGAAACAAAAAGAGAGUUGUUCUUGGCAGCCUAGUGUGUGACAGCUGUGUUAUACAACCAUUUCAGCACCCUGGACAGCACCAGCAGUGAAAAUACAGACCUGUGGGGAGGAUGUUUGAUGGAAGUAUUACAGGGAUACUCAAGACACAUGAAAGUAGCCACAGGUGCCCCGCUUAUUUCCUCGACCUACUUCCAGUCCUCUUAAAGCGCAAGUAGCCAGAGGACCACCAGGUCUUUAAAUAUAACAUUAACUUUGUUUCUAAGUGCUGCUGAGAUGAACAUUACUGUUGGUUCACCUAUUUGACCUGCCAUGUCACUAUUUUUAAUCUUCAUUGUAAUUCAUCCCACUUUAGCUGAAUUAUCUUUUAUUUUGUUUACCUAUGUAUUUUUUAACAUGAUUUAUAAUUUGACCUAAAUUGCAGGGAGAUUGGAAAAUUAGCUCAUUUAGAGAGUGUGUGUAAGAAGUGUAAAUGUCAACGUUUGUUGUUUUGAGUUCUUUGAUUGGAGCUGAAAAAAAGUUGAAUCAUUUAACAGUCAGUGGGGGUUCAGAGUAGAGGAACAAGCCCAGCAAAAAAGGCUAAAAAGGAAGUAAAAAUGGCGUCACCAGUGUGUAUCUUUUUCCUUGAGUUUUAUCACAAGUCUUUACCUGGAAAUUUGUCGAAUAAUAAUAAUAAUAAUAAAGGCCCACUGAAGGAAUAUGAAACUCCAGUAGCACCUAAAGAGCAGUUAGAGCAAAUGAAGAUUCAAUGAGCGUUUGAGAAUUCUAGAGAGUUUAGUGAAGAUAAUCCCAAAGCUAUCCCAUCAGCGACAUUUACUGAAGGUAUAUGGACUUCUGACAUUAGUCCAGCAGUAAAGACGCUUAGUUUGAUAGCCAGGUGGCUGGAUGAUGGCUUAGACAUGAAAGAGGCAGUGGUGAGCAAGGGUCGGAACACUCCCAUGUUUUUUGUGUGUGAAUGAAAGUGAUUCCAGUCAGACCAGCUAAGUAUCAUAUCCUCAAGUGUGCACAAACAGCUCAUUUUCAAAUGCUGAUAUUCGGCUGGGGCGAUAUACAUUUCUUCAGAUUCCUUACCACUACGAUUUUUUUUUAUGCUGUUUCAAUUUAAAUUGCGAUACUACGAUAUUGUUGAUUUUAUCGAUUUUUAGUCUGUGUUUUAAACACCAGUGAAACAGUUGAAUGAUAAUGAUCGUCUACUGACUAUUCCAGGAACCAUAUUUCCCCAAAAAAUAAACAUCACAUGUUAGUCAGCUUUUAAGAUUUAUUCCUAAAUUUGAAAAAAAAAAAAGAUUUUUGAACAUAAAAAAAUCGAUUUAAAAAUUGUAAAACAAAAAAAUUGCGAUACUUUUCGAUUCGAUAUUUUUCUCCCACCCCUAGCUGGUAUUAUGGUGGCGAUGUCAUCUAUUAUCAUAUCAGCUCAAAAAGUGCAUACUUUGCAUUUCUAAUUUUUGUUCAAGUAGAAAAUUAAAUCUAAAUACAUGGAUGUGUGAAAACACACCUGUCUAUUCAGUAGUAUCAAUAAUGAAUGGACCCAUUUCAAACAGAGUCACUACUGAGUAAUCUCUGUGCCACUGUUUAUAAUGAGAAACGUUUCACAUUAUAUUAAUUCGUGCAGCCCCCACACAUCAGCUUCUUCUAGGACAACAGACUGAGGAGCCUGUGUGGUCACAGCAAAGAGCAGACCGUAUAAAGUGUCUCUGGGCUUUUACUAAUCCUGAAAAAGCUAUUAUUUGUCAUCUUCUGUGAUUUGAACUGCGAGCACAUCUCCCCUAUUUAGUUUUCAAUUUCCAAGAAUUAGCACAGAGCGUUAAAGUGAGAAACUGGGUCAAAAUGUGUGUGUGCAGGGAGAAAGAGCGACCCGGAGAGAGGGAGUGUGCGUGUCGCUUUCCAAAAGUCACUUCUGAUAACUUUUGUUUCAUUUUUCAUCACAGACACAACACAAACACAGAUUAAAAAGCUUUAUUCAAACUAGUAUGAUCAGGCAGAACAUUGAAGCCAAAUAAGCAACAUCAAAAUCCGACAAUUAACUAGACUUUAAAAAAAAUAGCAAGACCAUUCUCUCCCAUACUGUCUUUGAUCCACUAAGUGGGAUGAAACUGGAUUACGGUUUUGAUGCAACUCUGGAGGCAUACUGUACAAUCUGACUGGCAAAUGAGCUGAGGAAAAAACUGAGCCGUGUACACAAAUGAGAGAAAACACACUUUUUACGAUGCUGAGCACAAGCACCUCCUGUGCCAUCUGAUCACAGUGAAUACAGAUGAUAUCAAAAAAGUCUACGGUAUAAAAAACACAAAGUAUAAAGCAGUUUGAUUUACAGUAAAAGCAUCGAAUGGUUCUUCUGCUCUGAGACCAAAAGGCUGAGCUCCUAAUAACAACUCUUUAGCAAUUCAAGGUGUUUAAACAUUGGGGUAACUGUAAUUUGUAAUACUGUGUCACAUGCCUUUACUUCAUUCAUAAACAGUCGCAAACAUCUUUUACAAUGCAGAAGGCACGCAAGGAGCUCAUUAUAUGUGCAAUUUUUAUAAAUUCUUUGUUGGAAUUGGUGGGUUCAGACGUUGAUUGCACACAAAGUGACAUCUUCAGUCUAACCAACAGACUGUGUUUAUGUCGUGUCACCCGGCAACAGCAAGAGAGGAUACGAGAGGUUUGAUUUCCCUGACUCAGAUUAUGUAGCUCGAUACAAGUAGAAAUAUUCUCUCUGGCUGCAAUACUGAGCGGGCGCAGCGCUCGUGUUUAGAUCCAGUGCAUAUUUUUCAAAGUGCUAUCAUCGGCGUAAUACUCGCUAAGCACUGUCUAUGUAUUUCUUUUAUACUGCAAAGUCAGCACCAAAAUACCAAAACUAUAAUUAACACCAUGUUCUCCUUCUCACUGUCCAAACUCCGUACCUCACCCAAUUACAUUUGAUCAUUUAGCACCCUAGUGAGCAGUCCUAAUAAGCUCCUUGUUUCAGAGAAAAUUAAAAGUCCUGGGCUUCACAGCAGCACUUCAGUGCUACCUCUGAGGUCAUGAAAAGUACUCUGUUUCUAUUUUUGACUUAUGUACACUAUCAAAACAACAUCAUACACACCAAACUACAAAUAUGCAACACAAAAUGCCCUUAGAGAAGCUCACAGAAGCAGCAUAAGAAGUUAAUACAGAAGAUAUCUAUAAAAACAUGAAGUUUCAUAAAACACCACCUUGCCUGGGCCUUAUAUUUCCUUAUACCGUGGCAAAGAUAAAUUCAUUUUAAUAGUCUUAUUCUUUUCAAUAAACAGAAUAUUUAUCAUUACAAAAUAUUUUUAAAAUUUCCAUUUUAAGUGUUUUUUUUUUCUUAACUGAUUAACAAGAUUUGCACUGAGUGCGUUGAUCAAAUAAGAAUCGAUGGUAAAACGUCAGUCAGGAUUAGCUUGUAAAGUUAAUAGCUUAUAAAUAUAACAAGAUAUUCUUGUUGCAAAUUAAGAGAAACUUAAAUUUGUACCUGAUUUUGAAAAAUAUCUUCAUUAAGUUUCAAUGAUUUACUCGAAGCCCACGCUAGACCUGCUCCAAUCGGUGAUGUGCGCUUGCCUCUGAAUAAAGAUUUGAUCUAGAAACACACCUCCCCCCUGUAAGAGGAGACAGGCUGAAAAAAGCUGAUGGACUACAUUUUCAACAUGAUCAUGUUCCAGAUAAUUUCAUAUUGCUGUGUAAUUUGUGCCUCCCCAAUGCAGCCAGAAAGCUGCCUGCCCAUUCAGAUGCUUUGUAAGAGCACAGAUGUCUAAAAGAUAAAACCUGAUAUAAGCCAAGGUGUCAAAAGUCUUUUUGCUUUUCUGACUUCUUAAUCGUUGUUAUCGAACUACAGUAUCUACAAUCAACUAAAAAGAGGAACAAUGUAUCUCCUGUUUUUUUUGUUUUACGCUUUUCUUUCAUUCUUUUUUUUAUGUUUUUCACACAUUCAUCACCGCUGAGUACAACAAACAUUAUAAAAAAAGAGAAUAUUAAAUCAGAUCAUUGGUUUUUUCAUCAGCGAGUAACAGUAGAGAGUAAAAAUUAUUAUUCCAAGAGGAAAAAAACACCAAGUGCAAAGCCUGAAUCGGUGACAGAACCAGCUACAGCUCAGUAUUUAUCAGAGUUAUGGAAGAAUCUUAUUCACCCUGAUUCAUGUGACAAUUUUUCAAUAGGCGUGUCUUGAACUUUUGCUUAAGAAACAUUGCAUGACUUACUUAUCUUGAGCUACUGAUGAUUUCUAGAACUACAGCACACCGUGUAAACCCUGGAGAAAAGGCAGAUUUGUCCUUUAAGAUGAUUCAAAGCAUUAAAGAGAGGAUCAUUUAAUACAUGAGGCAACUCUAGAGGAAUGUCCAAAUAUCCUGCCAUAAAUGAUUUGUUAUUCUAUGUCCAAAUAUGAUGUAGAAUCAUGCAGAUUCAUGCUUUAAAGAGAAAAGAAGGCAGAAAGCUGAGGUGAUUCCUGGUCGAUGUUUGUACGGAGGAUGAAAGGAGCAGGGGAACUGAGGGAGGAGAGUCGUUUUACAUCUUCUUUUGUGAGUCACAGGGAAAAACACUUCAUCCAGAGACUCCCAUGAAGAGAUGAUUAUAUCAUGGCAGUUCUCUUCUUGGUCCCUGCAGGGGGGCAGAAUAUGGAAUUAGCCGAAACAGAAGGGCGACCUGGAUAUAGAAAGUCCUCACUCAUGCAACAGUGGAUCGUGACUGGUUACUGCCACCAUGUCAUUGGGUUUCAGGGACACUUAGAGGAGCAUUUUUUGUAUUUUUGUCAAAUAAAAGUUGUCAGCAGUUCUGAAUUUUCACCAAAUCAUUCACAGAAACUAGAGAAACACAGCUAACGCAAAAUAUAACAGAGGUUUUAACUCAAAUAGGGAAGCAUCAAGGGUAGUUAAAGCAUGCACAAGCAGGCAUCACAGAGGGCUAUUUGGUAUUUGGUGGGCCGAUAUUAAAAAAGAAGAGGUUCUAUGUAUUAUUUCAGGACAAAUUUCAACAUGCCCAAACAGAGUUCAUGUGCAAGGAUGUGGAGAUAGUUGACUCAGUCUCUGCUCUCAGGUAUGUUACACGCUGAGAACCGAUUUGGGACAAUUCAUUCCCUAAUCCUCUUUUUCCGGUCUGUGCCAUCACUCUGCCCUGAAUCACCGCCAAGCCGGCCAGAUGUGCACAACACAAGCUUGACCGACAGCCAAUUUUUAUUCUAAUCUCAGCUCUCAGGAAGCUGAUAGGUUUUCUCACUUGAAAGACUGGCCAAUUUAUAUUUGAGCGCUCACAACAGCAUUGCACCGGAAAACAAGAGUAUUGUAUUUGUGAGGCUGACCCAGGACGAAUGGAAAAUAUUUGAUUGUGCUCUAUUUAAUCAGGAGAAGACCAAUAGAAAACCCCAACACUGAAACUGUGACAGUUAUCAAAGCAGUAGUUUUGAGCCAAACCAAUAGUGUAUACCAAAUAGAAAAGGAUAAAAAUGUCUAUAAAUUAUAGUGGCUCUACAGAAUGUAGUUAGCAACCAGCAUACCUCCAGUUGUAGAAUGGACUUCCUUUCAUUUUGAGUACUUAAGAACAGAAAAAAGAGACAAGUUCAGAGGUACGUGUGAAAUUCAGACACACUUACAAACACAUCAUAGGCAGAUCUUUCUCUUCAUGCACCUGUGCAUCAAUGCAUACUCGUGUUUAAUCUUUCAGGGGAUCACUUGUUUCAGUUUAGUCUGCAGGUCCAGAUGCACAAAAGCAAACAACAUCUGGAUCACUUUCAGCCGUUCUGCAUUGAUUACAGUCUGCUUAGUGCCGACCCCCAGCAUGAUGUAUCACACUCAGCACAGCCAUAUAUCUCUUGUCCUUGAAGAGAACCCCCUCCUCUACUCCCCUCCCCUCCCCUCUCCUCCUCCCCCCAUGUCUGCGCCUCUUUGAAGUAUCCCCCCCUUCUUCUUACGCCCACUAGUUAUGCUCUGAUUGUGCGUUAUGCAUCUGCAAUAAAUGACCUACAUACGACAUAAGAUAUGAAAUACUGGCACAUUUCCAGUUUGGGGGUAUUUGUUUGGCCUAAUUAUGCAAUAGAAGUGCAGGAAGUUCACUCAAGUAAUACACCAAUGAUGAAUUUCAUCAUUACCAUGUCAUGAUGCAUCAAUCUGUGGAAGUAUGAUAGGAUGGAUCUUAAAAAGGGGACAAAUGCAAAAAUCACAGCUAGCUUACUUUUAAAUUUGCAAGUUUUUAAGGUUUUUUUCUUUUGUACAGAUCAACCAGAGAAGAAUUUAAAAUGUGCACACUGAGGUAUCUGAACUGACCCUGAAGGUCAACAAAACAAACAUUUCAUAAGUGCAAAAACAUUUCACUGGAUGGCAAAACAUUUGACCAGAUGCAAAAAAAUUUAACCAGCCCAAAAAAGGUUUUUACAAGUUUUUAAAAUAUUACAUGACACCCUGAGUUGUUGGGCUGAUUUUUUUCUCAGAGAAUAUUCAUAAAUUUUGCAAAAUUUUUUUGCAUUCUGUUAAAUAUUUUUAAUUUUCAUGCAUGGAUGGAAUUUAUUUGUGUGUUUUAAUGAUUUUUUUCAUGUUUGAUAAAAUAUUUUUGAGUGCAGUGUGAUGUGUUUUGCUGUUUAGUCAUAGUUUUUGAGGUUGUGAAAUAUUUUAAAAGUUGACCUUCGGGGCUACUGUAAGUAUCUGCUGAAGACCUACAACUACACCACCCUUGAGCGACUCUUAUUCUAAUAUACCUAUAAGAUGUGUAUAUCUGAAAAACAGGAGAGAAUUUUAAGGGCUUCAGACUCAACUUAAAGAAAUUAGUCUUUUGCAUUUUUGACAUACUCGGAUUUCAGAGCACUAUAGACAUAAUACAACAAAGAUUUAUAAACCUUCGAGGGGGGGUUUCCUCAUAACAUGAAAGGACCUUUUGAUCGUAACAUUAGCCCCUGAAAACACUCUGUCUUAUCCCUUAACAGCUCCCCCCCCCCCCCCAAAAAAAAAAAAAAAAAAAAAAAUGUGUUGUCUUUCGUCACUCUUAUCAGCAGCUACCACCUCAUACAUACGUACCUCCAGCGUAGAUGCUCUGGAGUCUGUGGUCUCACUUGGCCCUAUGCUCCUGGGUAUACUGGACACAAAGUACCCAGCUCCUUUGGGGAUGAUAGGCUGUCUCACCACCACCUUGCCCUUCCUGGUCUCUGCGAGGAACAAACUGUACCAGUAGGCAUCGCUGGAGAUCAAGGUGGAAUCUGCGAUGGUGGAGCUCCUCUGGCUGAUCAUGCUGUUUCUGCUGAUGACGCUGUUCCUGUUGGCUGGAGGGAUCUUGAUGGCCUUUGGUUUUGGUUUCUGACACUUCAGCACGAUGAUCACCAGGAUGGUUAUCAGCAGAAGAAACGACACAGCCCCCAAACCGAUCACCAGGUACAGGUUGAGGUCUGUGAAGUAGUCAUACUCAAUGGGCAACUCUGUGGUUUCUGAGAAGGAUAAGACAUGCUCUACUGUUGAUAUCUUGAUGGUGACGGUGGCCGAGAGAGAGGGUUGACCGUUGUCUUUGGCCACAAUCACCAGCCGCUGUACUCUUGGGUCUCUGUAGCUGAACAUCCUGGUUGUCCGUAUUUCUCCGUUGUACUGAUCCAAGCUGAAGAGGGUGGAAUCGGUGAUCUGUAGGAGCUGAUACGUGACUCUAGAGUUCUGCUCUGAAUCUGCAUCAAUCGCGAUCACUUUGGCGACCAGGUGCCCCUUAUCCGUCGACCUGGGUAUCACCUCUUCCACAACAGAGCCCUGCGCUCGCCAAGGGGACACGAUGAGGGGAGUGUUGUCAUUUUGGUCCAGAAUAAUGAUGUGAACUGUCACAUUGCUGCUCAGGGGGGGAACUCCAGAGUCUCUCGCCUCGAUGUGGAAGAGGAACUCCCUCUCUCUCUCAUAGUCGAAGGUCUUCAGGGCAUAGAGGUCGCCGUUCUCAGGGUUGAUGGAGAACAGCAUUGACAUGGAUGUGUUAACAAUUUCUUUCUCCAUGAUGAAGUAAACCAAGUACUGGUUCUCAUUGAGAUCUGGGUCAUGUGCACUCAGAGAUGUCAGUAAUGCCCCUGGUAGAUUAUUCUCAACCACAUGGAUAGUAUAGAAGGACUGGGGGAACAUCGGUGCAUUAUCAUUGAUGUCUAGGAUCUCCAAGGAGAUGGUUUCGUUUUCGGAUAAGGGUGGCGAGCCUUUGUCUGUCACCCUUAAAGUGAUGUCAUACUUGCUGAUUAACUCCCUGUCCAGUGGCUUUGACACCAGCAGCUCAAAGUAACCCUCUGAUGAUUUAUUUAGGAGGAAAGGUAAAGAUUUCUCUUGAUUCAAAAUGAGCUCGACCUCCCCGUUCCCUCCAGAGUCCCUAUCUCUGACACUGAUCACUGCAAUCAGCGUUCCUACAGCGACAUCCUCCCUCAGGGAACUUUUCACAGACUUGAUGGUUACUUCUGGGUAGUUAUCAUUCAGAUCUGUGAUAUUCACCAAGACUUUACAGUGUCCAGAAAGUGGGUUCGCCCCUCUAUCUUGAGCCUGGAUGUGCAUCUCAAAACUCUGACUCUCUUCAUAAUCAAUCACCCCCUUCACCUUGAUCUCUCCUGAGUUUGGAUCAAGAGAGAAGAGCUCCUGAGUCUUCUCUGAGGUGUACAGAGUGUAUGAAUACACUAACUGGGCGUUUGUGCCCUCAUCUAAGUCUGUUGCGUUUAAGGUCAUGACCACUGUCCCUGCUGCCGAGUUCUCUGAGACGUUCACUGCAUAAACCGGCUGACUGAACAGGGGGGCGUUGUCAUUGAUAUCCAACACAUUAAUAACGAUGCUGGCUGUGCCUGAGCGGGGAGGAACCCCUCCAUCCACAGCGGUCAGAAUCAAAUUAUGGACUGAAUGCUCCUCCCGAUCCAAAUUACCGCUCAGCACUAAAUCGACAUAUUUGGAGCCAUCGCUUCCAGUUUGAAUAUCAAUGUUAAAGUAUUUGCUCUCACUCAGAUAGUAGGUUUUGAUUGAAUUCGCCCCCACAUCCGCAUCCACCGCGUUUGUCAAUGAAAACCUCUCACCGGGAGGGGUUGCCUCAGAAAUGUCCAAAUGCAUUGUCUUCCUACGGAACAGAGGCGCGUUGUCGUUAAUGUCCAUGAUUUCUAAUUCGAUAUUAAAAAUACGAAUGGGGUUUUCUAGUAUGACAUCCAUUUUCAGAAAGCACGAGGUGGUUUUAGUCAUGCAUAUGCUCUCCCGGUCUAUCUUCUCGCGGAUUAUCAGCUCCCCCGUUUCUUUGUUGAUGUCAAGGUAAUUUUUGCUGUGAAUGACAUCGAGUUUCGCGCUGCGCUGCACCAAACUGCGAACAUCCAGACCCAGAUCUGUGGCCAGAUUGGCAACAAAGGAGCCCUCUUCCAUCUCCUCCGGAAUAGAGUAGCGAGUGAUGGAAAGCGCGCAUCCCCACAGUGCAAUGAAUGCAAGAACCGGCACGAUCAACCGUGUCCGUAAACGUGCAACAAAGAGCUCCGUCAUUGUGGUAUUUUAUCAAUGUUGAAAUGAAAAAGAUCCUUCCUUACGCUCAGGUUGUCUUCGUGUAGGGAAGCGCCGCUGUCAUUCUCGCCUCCACGAGUUGUAGCUGCAGCUGCAGUAGGCCAUACACGGUACAGUACCGCUGGAGGAGCGGGGCUCACACACCACUGCUCUGCAGGGGCGUAGCCAGCUUCUGCGUAGGCUGGUUGGGUGGCCUUACUGACAGGGUGUACAUGUGGAAAAUCUCAUGUAAGAAUAUCCAAAAUGAAAGAAACACUUCAAAUGAGUGAUUUGUUCAGUUCCCUCUUUAUUAAAGACACAUAGAACAUAAAGAGAGAAAGUUUGUAGAUGAUAUAUAAGAUAAGAUAAGAUGUUCCUUUAAAGGUGGGGUAGGAAGGAAUCCGUUAAAGAAGCAUCUUAUUUUGUGAUGUAUAUACAAAAAAGCUUUUAAUAUCAGUCAAUAGCUAUUAGUUAUUGAUGACAUUUGGUAAUAUAAUGAUAUCGCUGUGUUUUGUUAUGUCUGUGUAGUCAAUAUUUUAAAAUUCCCUGCCUCACCAAACCUGAUUGGUUGUGAGGCAGACGCUGCUCCCCGGUGUCGUUCAGGAACCCAAACAAAGUUAGCGUGCUACAAUAUCGGACAGUAGAAACCAACCAGAAAGUACAGAAAAUUGUCUGAAUCCUCCUUUAGCCACGACUGCCAACACAAGCAAGAAAACGAAGUAAAUACCAGAGACUCUGGUGGGAUAACGGGCGCUUAAAAAGGAGGUAGACCAGACAAGAGCUAAAAAGCCGGUUCAACAUCAGCAUAAACGAUGGGGGAUGCUUCGGGAUCUUACGGACCCUGUAACCUUUCUACUUGACAGGUAAACCACUUUAACAAAGUAAGCCAAGUGUAACAGAAGAGUUUCUUGUAAAAUGGGACCUGUUGCAUGCUGUAAUGCCGCUAAACUGUUUACCUCGGGUCCUGGACUAUGUCACUUUAUCCUAGUUGUAGAAGUCCUGCAAACUUGGUGUUUGCUGGUAGUCUGUUGGUAUCUACAGUAACACCAAUGCUUUUUACUUUCACGUUGACUACACGAAGUAUUUAUCUGCAUUAUAUCUGAAUUUAAUUGGAACGUUACGAGUGAGCAGGAGCGGCUGUUUGUGGGUGGGGCUUGCUGGAGCAGAGAGGCAGGGGCGAGGAGAAGCUGAGGGGAAAACAGGUUGGGAGAGGUAGUGUUUACAUUUAAUAUUUCUCCAAAAAACUGGCACUUCCUCAGAUCCUGCCUACUCUACCUUUAAUAGUCCCACUGGGGGAAAUUCCAAACUUCCAGCAGCAUAGUAUGGAUACAGAAAGAGACAAAUUAUAAGCUAAAGAAACUUUGAGUUAAAAAAAGAUAUGUACAUGAGUCAUAUUUACGUACAGGAUUUACAUAACACUAUGAUUAAUUUUAUAAAGUUAGUUGUGUAUAAAUAUUGCAUUUUUCAAAUAAAAAAAAAUAUUAGGUGACUUAUUAACUAAUUUGCUCUGAUCAUUAUAAGACAAAAAGUUAUACAGAAAUUUGAGUGUUGAUGAUUUGACUGACAAGAGGGCAUAUUGUAGCCUUCACUGUAGCCCUUCAUUGCCUUUUGUAUCAUAUUUGAUACAUACUUUUAUAUACUACUAUGAAAUCACUAUAAUAAAAAAAUUCUAGAAAAACUCCUUAAUACAGUCAGAUAAAUGAUAAAAAUGUCCUCUUGUGGUUUAUCAGUUUCCAAAAACAUCUAAUGUAACAAACAAGAUAAUAAAUAUAUUUGUUAAAUUUCAAAAACAUUUUAAAUUUUUUGGUCUUCAGUAGUAAGUGAAAUAAACAUUUCAGCUCCAAAAUAUUUGAAAUUUCUGGCCAUAAUUUGUGGUUUCAGGCAUUAAAGGUUUAAUUCUUAGCAGUUUUUAGCUUAGCAGAGUUUAAAGUCAACAUUUCUUACAAUGUCACCGCUACUUUCACACAUCAUAAUUAUUUUUCAAUACCUGGAGAGACAUUAGUCCAUGAUUUAUAUAGUCCACGGUACAGAGACACUAACAUUAAAUCAUCAUUUAAGUGAGGUUUAACUACUUUUAACACAUCAUUUACUACAUUAAGUGAUAUAGACAUACAGUAUGUUAAAACUGAAUGAUAACAGCUCAAGACAGUCAGACACUGAGACUUUCCGCAGCAGAGAGGAGAGCAGAAAAUGCUUGGAUAAAUAUGACAACAUGUUGGUGAAUUAUAUGGCCAUAUCUGAGGUAUAUGGAUAUGAUCAAAAUCACACAGUCUGUACAGUUUGCAUUGGUUUGCAUAGAUGCAUUUAUUGUACAAAAUCAGGUAAAAUAACCCAAAAUAGAGUUAAAACUUGCACAUUGGGUUUUAGCGUGAGAUAUUUGUUGCAUCUUUUUUUAAUUGAUACAAUAUUAUUUGAGGACAUGUUACAUAAAUACAGCACUGCUUGUCUCAAAUUUGUCAGGGGUUUUUCUGUAGGUAUAUGAGUAACACGUAACUUACAAUACAAAAUCAUUUACCGGUGAGCUUUCAUUCAUCACACCCCUCAUUCUCCAUCUGUAAAGAGGAAGUUUACCCACAAAACAGCUUUCAUAGUAAUUAGUAACUGGUUGUUGUGAGUAAAUAAGUCCAAAACCUUGUUUGAUGCUAAAUGAUACUUCAGGCAGUACAAAAGUCUGUUUUUUCUGUUUUUAAAUGGUUUUAGUUCUUCCAAAAUUCUUGUAACAAUAAAGCAAAAUAUUGAAUGACAACUUCAGAGGAUACAAUACAAAAAUGUCAGGAAAUGGGAGAUAGAAAAAAAAGACAUGGAUUUUUUUGAGGCUAAGUUUUCAUAUCUUUCUCUUCUUCUGGCAAUAAUUUGAUGAAAGACUAUAACUUUGUCACUCCAAAAGACUCUUAUUUUAUUCCAAAUGAAGACAUCCCAGAAUGCUUUGCAACAAGUUAUUGUUUGUUGUAGGGUCUCCAAAAUAACACUUUUUUUUUAAUCUAUAAAACAGGAGAAAUGUAUAACAGAUGAGUUUUUGUUGACGAUUGGAUCCUUAUAGUCUAAGCAGGACCUCAACAUGAAGCUGUGGGGCCGUGUAUACCCUGAAGGGGUUCCUUCAACCUCCACUGAUAACAAUCAGCCCAUUGUACAUUAUCCUGCUUAUUACACCGCAACUUACUGAAUCAAUCAACAAUUUCCCUCCAAAUAUUGAUUUAGAAGGAUUUAUUGAUUGAAAUUUAAAGCCGCUGCCAUGGUAAUACUCGACUCUGCCGCCCUCUUGAAAUGAGCAGACUUUGAUGUUCUUACUCAUAGUAGAAAAAAACAACAUUAAUAGAUUUUUAAAUUGUAUGGUAGAUUUAAAAUGCUGUUUUUAUCAUAUCCACAAAUGUAAUAUGGGCUAUUAUGUCAUAUUAUACUUCAUAGUGACCUACAGUGAAGCUCUGAGUGUAACAGUUAGUGUCCCCGCGGUGUAACACCUAAAGCAGCUUUGACUCCCUGUCUUUGUCUGUGCUGCCAUAUUUAAUGUGAUUGGUUUUCCAGACUGAGGGGAUUGUAACUGAUAUGCGGGGUGGCGAGAUGAAGAUGGUCCUUUUCAUUCCUGUCCUUCAGCCCCAUCUAGUGACAAUUAAAAAUGUUACAGAAGGAUCUGCACCUUUAACAACACACUGGUGCACCCACUUUAUAUUACAUUAAACAAAGCUUUGUUGGGGAGUAGGCAAGGUCCCCAGUUCUCUGUUGUACCUUGUUAUCAUAUUUUGACAGAAAGCAAAACAUUUUUUAUGAAUAUAUAAUAUCCACAGUAAUUUAUAAAUUAACAUUUUGUAAUGACAGGACCACUAUCAAAACACAUGAGCAUGAUUCAGCACCACAAGGUUCUGAAACAGCUUCUUUUUUUCAGCUUCACCUUGCUGUCUCUCAUCACUUCUUCUUGACUGUUAUGCUAUCACUGCAGUAGAACAUAUAAAUGUAUCCUCUUUAUGAUAACAGUAUAUAGUUAUUGAACAUUGGUGUCAGCCAAUAUUGUGACAGCCAUAAGUCCAUCAAUGACAUUAGUGCCGUUAACUGACUGCAGUAACCAGUGUGUGUCUGCUGGGUUGAAUUUCAUACCUAACUGCUGAUGAAGAGAGGAGGAUUUUUAUCAGGCAGAGGAAGUAACCUGGUUUGUUUUCAUGGUCAGAUUUGAAAGAAAAUGCUGCCAGUGUGGGAGUAUCUGAAAAGAUCAGUGACAUGCACUUUGAAAACAUGUUUCAGUAACUCUUUGAGAAGAGACUAAGAAGGGACUAGAGGGACUUCUUGGUACGUUUUAAAGAUAUCAAAUUUAAUGACACAUUCAGAAAGCAGACAGAGAAUUACUCAGACGUAGUACAAAAAACAUCAAACUUGUUUUUCUGGUAAAUCCUUGCAUAUGUAAUGGAUCAGCCUUGGUUUUCACAGUUGGUGCAUCUUCAACAUUAAUAUUAUAACCACAUUAUAUUCAUGACAAUAUUCAACUUUAGUAAGUAAUCAGAAAGCCAUGACAUUCUGCUAUUGUUUAUGUUUCGGCUUUGGACUUUAAAUGCGGAGUAAAGUUUUGAUAUUCAGAGAUUUUAAUGGUUUUACAAAAAAAUCUAAACUAUUUCAUUACACAUGUUGAAAUUGAAAAUUCAUAUUGUUUUUGUAUUUUAAAAAAGUAUACUUCUUUUGAUUUCAAGUCAUUGUUUUUUUUUUUGUUUGUUUGUUUGUUUUAAGUUGAGACAGAAAAAUAAUGUAAUGCUAAAAAAACACUGGAGAAACAUCUCCCAACUAUGUAGGUUAAUCUGCAAAAGGUCAGAGAUAUGACUUGUUAUAAAAAGGACAUUCAAGAGGGGCAGAGUCUCUCAGAAAAAAAGAGAUUUGCUACUCUAUAAAAGACUGCACGAGAAAUGCAGUUUCAGAGUAAUACUGAUGAGCAUAAAAUUUCAAAAUGUUUUGGGAUCUCAUCAUCUGCAGUACAUAAUAUAGGCUAUAGAAAAAUAUGUAUAAAAGAGACCAAGACUGAAAAGCAAAGGUGGAUGUCUAUCAUCUGCAGGGCCUCAGGCAGUGCUGCGUUUAAAACAGACAUGACUCUGUGAAAGACAAAACUGCAUGGGCUCAAAAUCACUUCCAAAAACACUCUCUAUGAAUCCAGCUGGUUGCUGGGUCUGCAAAAGCAGGUUAAAACAGCACAAGAGGAAACUACAUUUAAACAUGACCUAGAAACACCCACGACUUCUCUGGGCCAGCAUCAGUAUAGGGUCAAUUAGACGACUGUCCUGUGGUUCAACAACCAAAAUCUUGUUUUUUGGGUUUUCAUGGAUGUUACAUUAAGAGACCACGACAACAACAGCAUGGCUCCUUGGUAGAAGAGUCCAGGUGCCAAACUGGCCUGCCUGCAGUUUCAUCUUGUCACCCACUAGAAAAUAUUUGCAUUAGUGAAUGAAAAAUAUGACAAAGGCAGCUCUAAACUGUCGAGCAACUGAAAUCAUACAUCAGGCAAGAAUGGGACAGAAACUGGUCUCCUUGGUAACCAAACCUUUACAGUGUUGUUGAAAGGUCAUGCAAAACAACGUCCCUGACACGCUUACUUUUGUGAAACAUGUUGUUGGCACCAAAUUUAUGAUGAGCACUUAAAAAGUUUUUUUUUUAAAGAGCUUUUGUGCUAAAUGCAGUGUUAAACUAUUUGCAAACCAUCUUAUUCAGCUGAUUUGCCAUUAACAUCUUGUAUUGUUUGAACUUAUUUGAAAUCAGAGUAAAAAAUGGGGUCAUCAUCACCCAUCUGCCUAUAAAUUCAGAGAUGGAGGCGUCACAGCUAAAGUAGGUGCUACAUUAUGAAGCCUGAUUUAACAGUAUUUACAGCAGAAGACAAAGAGAGAGAGAGAGAAAGAAAGAGAGAGAGAGCGCCCUGAUCAUAUGAGACAUGACAAAAGAAUUAGCGUUUACUACCUUGGGAGGGUUUGUCAAAGAGAUAAUGAAUGUUUUUUUUAUAUCAGUCCACAUAAUUCAAUGUAUUUAAAAUCUUAAAAAUACAUUGACAUGUCUUUCCAGCAAAAUCCUUUGUAAUUAAAUGCUUAUAUAAGAUUAAGUGUUGUGUUUCAACCUUCAGACAGACAGGUUUAGUGUCCUCAGAUGAGGUAUCUGUGGAGGAAAGGCUCCCUCUAGUGGACAAAUCAAGGAACAUAACUCUGCUCAAACUGAGAUGAAGAAGCCAUAGGAUUGUUGAGAGAGAUAAGAAGAAAAAAGAAAAAAAAAACAGCCCACUAUUGGAAAAUGAGCAGAUUUGAAAUGGCACAGAAGACAGACAUAUGCUGAGUGUCUCUGUUUUUAGCUCGAGGGACUUAUUAUGACUGCUGAGCCUGGCUGGUUUUUAGUUCCGUUUGUGACACAGUCAAAGAUAAAUCUUGGCUUGAUUAUCUCUACUUAUUGGCAGGAUAUGGCUGUGAGUCUAUCUGGAUUUGAAUUUUAAUGCCUGUCUCUUAAUGACAGAAAAAUAUAUUAAUUUUUUCCUCAAAGGUUUCAUCCCUCUGGCUCUGUCUUUAAAGACUUUAAAAUACAUCUGAAAGCUGCCCUCAGCACUCAGCUUUUUGAACAUGGAGCAGUUCACUGAGGCAGUCAGGCUCUGGACCAAGAUUAACUCCCCAGACAGCAAUAGAUCAGUCAAAGGUGGAGGAUCUGAAGGAUUAUCCCCAGAGAAGUACCUGAAACCCUGACUUUACAGACCAGAAUAGUUUAAGAGAAAGGGUUAAAUAACGCUCAGAGCCAUAAACCAAAACACCACAAACAGCAGCUCCUCCAUCCAGAGGUGAACAUCAAAGCGUGAGGAUCCUCCUGUCUGCAACUUUUCUUAUCAUCGUACACCAACUUGGCAUGAUAAUAGACAUGAUAGACUUCAUUUGUUAAUAGCUCUUUAUGAGUAUUUCUAUGUGUAUUUUUUCAGUGCAGAGAUUGAAAUACAAUCUCAUGGCAUUGACAGAACAUAACAAAACACUCAUCUUUAGGCCACUCACUAUGCAUGGUGACUGUAAGUGUUAAACAACUUCACACUAACAGGUUUUCUUUUCUUUUUCAAUUUAAUGAUUCAUUUAUUGGUUCAUAGUGACACCGACGCCUUUAUACUCCGCUUGCAAUUACUUUCAUGACUCUAAUACUGUAUAAAUCAAUAACAUCACAGUCUCUCUGAGGAGUGUGUUUACAUUUUAGAAUAAUGUUAUUCUUUGAUUUUCUGACUUUGUUUUUGUGUCGUAUUUACAGUUACUUAGUAUAUUUACAUUUUAGGUAUAUCUUAGUUUCAUGUAUUACUUUUUUUCUACACUAUGUCUACAUUUUAGGUUUAGUUUUACUCAUUAUGUUGCCUUUUUUAGUUAUUUUAUAUCAUCAUCAAUUAUCAUCCUAUCCAGGAAGACAUCCAGCAACCACUACAAUGAUGCAGCUUCUAUGUGGGUGCUUUAACCCCUGUAAGGAUGCCUAGCUCAUGUUCACACUCUGAAGACUGGAAUGAUCAUUUUGACAAGCUUUACUGGUUGCAGAUCUGGGUUACAGCUUCAUCAUGCCACAAGUGUAACACAAGUGUAACAAUGAUUGUUCUGAGACUGUUCAAGUAGAUAUAGUCGUCCACGUUUCCAAACAUUCCGCUUGCAUCUUGUUGACCUAAAGGAGAGUCCAUGUAGGGUAAUAACAGAGCACAACGUAUUUUGGGAGCCUGAGUGAUGUUAAACAUGGGUACAAGGUCCUUCUUGAGGAUGGUUGUCGGAGGCCCAUGGCUCCAGAAAUGUAGCACCAAAGUAUCUGAGGUAUUUGAGUGACACAGCUCCACCACCCUAAAGGCUGACAUGACUGGCUAAAGAAAAUCACCCUAACAACCACUUUCAAACUACCACCUCUGUGCCUAAUUUAAAUGUCUCUAUUUUACUGUUUCUUCGCUCUAGUUUUUAGGUGUGUGCCCAGAGUAGUAGCCAGGGGUGGCAUGGGUCUCCCUUAAAACCAAAUGGUCACCUUAUCCCAAAAUCCCAUUAGGGGUUUAACAGUUCACCAACUAAAUCAAUUUGAAGUCCCACAGUCCACCUGUGCGUGGCACUCCUCUGUAACAGAUAUCCAUUCAUAAUCUUCUUACAAAGCAAAACAUCAAUUGUAUUGAUACUGAGAAACUGUGUGCUGUUUUCAGCAUGACUAAUGUUGGCCAUGUGGAUGUAUUUCUGCACUUUUAAUGAGAAGGAAAUCUAUCUGUACAUCUGGGUCAUUCUCCCAUUCUGGGCAUGGACCAGCAGUGCUUAGUGGUGGACAGAGAUUAUCAAGUCCUGUGGUUUCAAGCCUAAAGUAUGGACACAUUUUGACCUUUGUGAAACAGCAUAAAUCAUUAGCUGUUUGCACAGCAUGCUUAGUGUUAGGCAGCCCUCCCAUUACAACAGCAGAGCCAGCAGCCUUGUGAAAAGUCUCUGGAAUCAUGAGUGUUUUUACUCACACUCAGCAAAGGCUAAAGCUAGCAUGGCAUUUAUCGCCAGAUUUAUCUUCAAAGAUGUGCAACAAUACUCUGUGGUUAAAUAUCCUAGUUUCUGUGAAAUGAUCCAAACCUUAAAGCCAAUAUACAGUACACCAAACUGUUCACACUUCUUAAAACAAUGCAGGUAUGCAUUGAAGUGAAGAAGUGAAGAUAGAUGGAAAGCUGUCACUUGCAAGCUGAAUAAUUUGCCGCUCUGAUGGAUGGAUGGACGUCAUGUUCAACAGAGGAGUAUUUGGCUAUUACCUCUUAUUGCACUGAUCCAGCAAACCAAAGCUUUGAAUAUUGCACAUGAUACAUGCACAGACUGGAAAAUUAAUGACAAAACCCCUCUCUAAUAAAAAUAGAUAGUGCUAAUAACCCCUAACCUUUAACAGCACUAUUCAGUAUAUCCUGUUUUUUAUUUAACACAUGAUAAAAUGUUGACUAACAAGUACUAAUGUAUUGAUUAUUAGUCAUUGGAUCAUAUCACAUUCUCUUGUUCUAAAUGAACUAAUGUGGUCCCUGUAGUAUAUUGCCAACCUCAUAUAAUAGCAAUUGUAUUGUGAUUGAAAUGUAUCAUUAUGCCCCCAUUCACAGUGGAUGGCGGUUUGCCUGACAGAAAUGGGAUUCAUUCAAAGCCACCUUUUUGGGCUGUGUCGCAAAAUUCUGCUAGUUGAAACAUGUCUUUAUGCAUAAGAAAUAAUGUCUGAAUGUUGAUAUCUUGUUCUAUAUAUUCAUUUUUAAAAUAGAUACGAUCUACAAGAAAAAGAAAGGGUAGAUAAAUGUCCCCCAUUCACAAACUUGAUGCUGUUUCUGAGUAAUUCAGUGCCCUGGCAGGGCCACCCCAGCCAGAAAUUCUCAACAUGCCCCUGCUAGUGUCAAAGUUUAUUUAUUGUGUAUUGUAUACUUAUUUCAUUUGAACUGAAAACAUGCUGCUGACAGAACACAGUUUUAUACAGUAUGUUAAGCUCAGAUAUCCAUCCGCCCAUCCCCCUACUAAGUUGAUCUGUCAGUUCAUAAACAUAUCAACACACCAGUUCAGCAUCAGCAAACUGACACAUUACAACUAUUGAGAUGAGAACAGAUUUCUUAUCAUCAGUACAUACUGUACAUAGAAUUUAUAUAUAUGUUUAUUUAUAUAUAUACAGUUUCAUGAUGGAGAUACAAAUCACAUCCAAUAAUGACAACAGAUCAGAGAUUCAUACAACAUCUGAAACAGCAGUGACCUUAAAAACAGAGGGUUACUGCAGUGGCAUUGUAGCUGUUAUUGCCCUCAUGUGUCAACAUUUUAAUGCGAUGUGUCAUUAUUACGGUGUUUUACCCAAUCCAAAUUAAAACCAUUACAUCUGUGCUGCUGUUCCUUGUACCAUAAUCGUUCAGUGAACCCUGCUCUUUUAAAUCUUGAUCGUUACUCUUAACAUUUUGAAGUCAUAUUUCUAAAAUCAUAUGCACCUCUUCUAAAGUCCUUUUCCCUUUUCAAUGAACAUGUGCUGCUUGAAAUGUUAAAAUCACCUCCACUCAUUGUUUGCAUUGUAUGUGCAUUGUAAUUGGACUGUUUUCACACUUAAUGACCUGUUACUAAAAUUCAACAUGCAUAAUUAGAUGACACUUCUCAACUCCAUGAGCAACUACUGUGGUAGCUGCGUUGUGUUAUCCUUCAGCAUUUGUAAAAAAAAAUAAUGCCCACAAUGAUUAAGUCAAUUUUUUUUUUCUUCAACACACAUUGAAUUUAUAACAAAAAUAAAUGAGUACUCGAAGUUACAGUUAGAUGGUCCACAGCUUUGACACACAAUAUUGCACCUAACUGUCCCUGUUAAGACAAUAAAGUGCAUGUACAUACAGUAUAUUUGAUUGGUACAUGGACAUUUCAUGUAUUAUUAGUAUGUUAAAAUUAAGAAAUAACUUUUUUUUUUUUAAGUAGAACAUUCACUUUGAUUUUACAGAGCACUGGUAACUUCAAAACAGAGCAAAUCCUGAGCUCACAGGUGGCUGCAGAGUAUGCAGCUUUGAUACUGGACUUUUUGAUAGCACUUUAUUUGACGCCUAUCUCUAUAAUGCAUUAUGAAUAUAUGUAUAUUGCAUUAUAAUCAUAUUAUAGCACUGUAUAACUAUAGUUACAACACUCAUAAAUGACCAUAAUGCUUUAUAGCAAAAAUCAUAACACAUUAUAAAGCAUUUUAUCAUGACUUACAAGGUCAGAUAUUAUAAUGUGCUAUAACUGUUAAUAACUUACUGACAAUGCCCACAUAGAUAAUGCAGUGCAACAGCUAUAGCACAUUAUAAUACCUGACCUUGUAAGUCAUGAUAAAAUGCUUUUUAAUGUGUUAUGAUUAUUGCUAUAAAGCAUUAUGAUCAUUUAUAAGUGUUUAUAACUAUAGUUAUUCAGUGCUAUAACGUGAUUAUAACGCAUUAUACAUAUAUUUAUAAUGUGUUAUAGAGAUAGGCGUCAAAGUGUUACCGACUUUUUCAUACUUAUUUAAGUAUUUACAAAAAUAUAAAUAUUUUCUGGUUAAUGAAUAACCUCACAAAAGAAGAAACAGUCUCGUAGCCUCCAAAAACAAUACUCACACAGCAGAAGAAAUGUAAAGUUUUAAAGUGAAACCAUUUCAUAGCAUUUACAUUACACAGAAUACACAGGAUGUUAAAUCAUUUGAAGAUGUCGUUGCUUAUGAUACCAUCAUCCCUGUCAAAAGUUUGUUCAUAGUGUGAGAUGUAUUUCUUUUUCUUUCCAAAUGUAGAGAAAGUGUUGUAGACAUCCAGCUCUCCUCUGGGAGCCAGCUUCAGGGUGCUGUAGUCAGACGGGGUGCCAGGUAUAUAGACAUUGUGCUGGUAAUCUGGAGGCUCAGAAUGAGGCUGAGUGUACUUUGGAACCCAUGAGUAGUUAGGAACUGCUCCCUCUUGAAGAGACAUCUUGCAGUCUAUAAAAAUGUGCAUAAAUUAGUGUUUGUAUCGGCAGAUAAUUCCUGCAAAGAGCUCAUAUUUACAUACAGUAUACUUGAUCUGAAUAAGGUGGCUUUAAAGGCAUCUUCUUAAAUUUUUCCAGCAAAAAAAGGCUAAACACUUCUUGCAGGGACUUAAGUAAUCCUCGUGUUGAUGUAUUAAAAUCCCCCUACAGUUUGUGGGCUGGGUAUUAUCUGCUUUCAGUUUACUGUUUUAUAAUUCAGGAUAAAUCCCCAGGCUCAGACAGAGGAGAGCCCCCGUGCCAUCGCCCACUUUCAAGUAUGUAAUAAAGAGCCAAAAUACAGAGUUACCACCUACCUUUCAUGUGGUUCCCCCACGUCCAGUACUGUGGAGCUACAGGGCAGGAAAAGCCAUCAGCGUCGUACUUUUGUUGACGAGACAGAGUACCCUCCAUGUUUGCCGUACUAUACCUGAAGAGACAGCACCGUAGAAGCAUGGUUGAGUGAUCGUGUUGUCAUGUAUGCAUAUUGUAAUUGGUUAAACUGUGCGCUCACCUCUUGUAGGCUGAGUUGCGUUGGUUCUUGGUCAAGGUCCAAUCCCUAUUUGAGUAUUUUAGCUGCACAGUUGAAACAGAAAAAAACUUAGUUAUAUCAGUUAUCAGUUAUAUCUGAAUAAAAAUGUAUAUGUAAAGGCUAUAUCAGGUUCAAAAAGUUUUACGGUUAAAGGCAACUUGGUUGUUGAUGGUUCAGAUUCAUGUCAAGAGUAUCUAACAAAGUCAAAUAUAAUUAAGAAAAGUUGGAUAACAAAAAGAACUUUUUAUUUAUUUUACCCUCCAAGGAAUAAACUGAUAUAUAAUUAUCUAAUUAUAUGCAUUUUUCACAUUGCCAGAUGAUAGAAAAGAUGUUAUCGUCUCAUAAAGAUGGAGCAAAAUUAACUCUCCAAACCAGUUAGUAGCUAAUCUGCUUAUGUAGCUAAUUUGAGGUUGGAUAUAUGGAAGUACUGACACUGUUGACUACAGCAAGAUCAAAAGACAGCUUCAAGUCUGUGAUAAAAAUAUGCAUCUCUUUUAUCUCUGCAACACCUUUUAUGCGGGUGUCAUGCACCUUGACACACUGUGGUAAUUUACCCAGACUGCAGGGUAUGCUGUCAUAACAUGUGGGUUGUUGGAGGCUAUAUAUUCUAAUGGAUUUCUUGCAUAAAUCCUUGCAGAGUAGGCAUACAUUUUAUGCUAUUUUUAACCCCUAGAUAACAUUCAAGGCUUUAAGUAUAGCCUAGCUGUACUUAUUUAUAAAGACUGUUGACUUGAUUAUAUUCCAAACAUGGAUAUAGUCUAAGUGACUUCACUAAGUGGUUUCUGAGGAGGUUUUAUACUGGGGGGUGUCCAGACAGGUGUCCAAAGGGUGACACCACAAAACCUGAAAUUAAUAUUGUCCAUUUGUCUCUUCACAAGUGGGACUUAGGUUGAAAUGUAGAGUGGUUUUAUAAAAAAAAUGCACAUCUAUUUCACAAGACAAGUCUAAGAGAAAAACCAGUGCAUUAAAAAUGCCAAAGUAAUCUUCUGCAUCCUGCUGAACUAUCAAAUUAAAUCUUGAUUGAAUUUAUUUACUAUAUCUAAGUAUGGAACCAUGCAGUUAAAUGUAUGCUACAGGAAGUGUGCAGGAGUUUGCUUAAGACUGUGAACAUGGACAAACACUCCCUGUCUUAAAACCAUGCUCAUGCUGCCCUUUUGAUAUGGAAAAAAAGUUUUGGAGAAAGAAAGGUCAAGGAAAUGUCAUUCAUUGAAACAGAUGUUCUGAUUCCCUUAUACAAAUCAGUGCUUCAAUUGAGCCACAAAUAUUUGGCUUUUGAAGACUACUAAUGGGGCAUGCCAUAUUGGGAAUGCUGACUUUGACUCAGUCCAAGCACAAGCAAUGAGGCAGACCUGAGUCAGGCCUUUACUCCAUGCAAACAGCAACACUGUACCUACUUAUCAGUCAAUUUAGCUGCACCCCUAAUUUAUACAAAACCCUUAAUACCCUUAAAAUGUAUGAGUGAUGAAAAAAACACGUGUAAAAAUAAAGAAUUGAGCUAUGCAGACCAAAAUUAAUUACUUUGCAUCAGACUUUAAAUGUGUUUGAUUUUGCUCUAGAACUGAACAUUUUUAGCAUGGUGUCAAUGGGGAAUCCUUGGCUUUUGAAGCUGUCCUGAAGCGAACACUCGGGUGCAGUUUUGGAUUAACAGAAUUUUUCAGCACUAGAAGAUGCGUCUUGUAAUGAACUUACUUUCAUUUAAACACUUUUGAACACAAUUUAAAGUUCUUUUGAGGAACUUUUUGGUUUGACUUAGGUGCUCCUGUGGACAGUGGCAGUUUCAUAACUGUCUUGACUUCGUACACAAGUAAGAAGUGUUUUUUAGAUGAAGUGAAGUCAGAUUAACAUUUGUUGUGAAUACUAGCUAGUAAAAUUAUUAAAAAGGACAUUUCUUCAGUAUGCUGUAGAUAAUCUGUGGUUACAAACCUUUAACAAUACUUAGAUUAUCAUUCCAUUCGCUGGCAUUUGUAGUUUUAAACCAGUGAAAACCUCCUCACAGGAGCUUUAAUAAAAGUUAAGAGCGUCCUUUAGUGUGUCAGAUUCAUUGUAAUUUGCCCCUGCAGUCAACCAGGCUGUCAUGUCUGAUUAAUGUGAGACAGAGGGAUGACUAGUGCUCUAGUUUUGGUAUAAGUGGGAGACUUAAGUGAUAUGAUGAGAGAAAGAACCCCCUAAUAUCUUUUUUAUUUGGGAAUAUAUGUUUGGGUAUAUUUCAGUGGGCCAUAUUACCUCAUUUGGGGUCGUUGCUCUGUUGUUGGCCAGCUCAUUCCGGUCCAGCGCGCUCCAGCCAGAGGUCAGAUAAUCUGUGCUCUUGGCAUUAUUCUGCUGUACUGACAUCACCGGGCUGCAGGGUUUGAGGAACAUGAAGUCACUUUUGGACGAUUCCGGGGUCAGACACAUUUUAUAGCAGUAGACCUGCGGGACUGCACCAUUGCUGGUUGCCUCUGCACAGACGGGCGCGCCUGCGGACAUCCGGACGUUUAGAUUCGACUUUUUGAACACUUCUGUUGUGGUGGAUGCUUCUGAGCGCGUGCAGGAGCUACCACAGCAGCACGCGCCGAUGGAGGGAAAGUUGGACUCUCUGUUGGACGGUCUGCCCUUCAGUCUGCGCACUGUAACAAGGACGAUUAUGGCCACCAGAAACGUGAAGGAGAUUGCGCCCAGAGACACGAUUAAGUAGAGGGUGAAGUUGGAGCUGUGAUGCGGGCUUAGUGACAGGUCACCCAGAUCGGGCUGUAGAUCUGGCAGGCUGUCAACCACUGACAGGAUGAUGGAAACUGUGGCCGAGAGGGGCGGCUGACCAUUGUCCUUCACGAGAAUGACCAGUCUAUGCCUCGUGGGGUCUUUCUCCACCAACUGGCGGAUUGUCCUGAUUUCCCCCGUGUACAGGGCCACGCUGAACAAGCUCGGAUCAGUUGCUUGGAGCAUCUGAUAAAAGAGACGCGAGUUCUGACCCGCGUCUGCGUCCACUGCGCUGAUUUUGGUGACAAGGUGACCGGCAUCUGCAGAUCGGGGCAAUGCUUCGAUUGGUGCCGUGCCAUUUUUCGUGACUGGUGACACGAUGAUAGGUGCAUUAUCGUUCUGAUCCAGAAUGAAGAUAUUCACUGUAACAUUGCUGAUCAGAGGUGGAAAACCGGCGUCUUGCGCCUGAACUGUGAUCUGAAAGUUUUUAAGUUGCUCAUGGUCAAACGACCGCAGUGCGUAAAUGUUCCCAUUAUCCGAGUUGAUGGACACGUAUGUAGACAUGGCCAUACCUUGAAUGUCCGCGUCCAUUAUAGAGUAAGAGAGGUACGCGUUUUGUCCAGAAUCUGGAUCCUGCGCAGUCACAGAGCAGAUGGAUGCACCCGGCGCGUUAUUCUCAGUCAGAUACACAGUAUAUGAGGGCUGCUUGAAACGAGGCGCGUUAUCAUUAACAUCAGACACUUGGACUAGAAUAGUUUUCCGCGUGAAUAAAGGUGGGGAGCCCAUAUCCCUGGCAGUGAGGGUGAUGUUAUACUCGGCGACUGCCUCUCUGUCCAGAAAAUCAGAAGUUACUAAUGUGUAAUAGUUCUUAAAAGAUGAGUGGAGCUGAAAUGGGACGUGAUGGGGGAUCUCACAGUCCACAUUUCCAUUCUCACCUGAGUCUUUGUCCAUGACGCUGAUGACAGCAAUCACUGUCCCAGGGGGCGCGUCCUCCUGUACAGGUGUGGACACGGAUGUGAGGAUCACCUCUGGGAGGUUGUCAUUUUUAUCCAAAACAUUUACGAGGACUUUACAGUGAACUGCCACGGCUGAUGGGCCUUUGUCUUUAGCCUGGACAUAUAUUUCAUGCAUCCUCGCUUUUUCAUAAUCUAUCACGCCUUUUACUUUGAUUUCCCCGGUGCGCGCGUCAACGGUGAAGAGCUGGCGCACUUUGAGGGGAGCGUGGCCGCUGAAUGAGUAGGUUAUGUCAGCAUUGGGACCCUCAUCUAGAUCGGACGCAUUAAGUUUUAUGACAACUGUACCCUUUGGUGCGUUUUCGGCGAGUCUCACCCUGUAAAAAGACUGAUCAAACACAGGUGCGUUGUCAUUUGCAUCCAAAACGGUGAUAUCAAUUUGCGCAGUGCCGGAUCUCUCCGGCGCGCCCCCAUCCACCGCAGUUAGGACCAUUUGAUGCGCACUUUGCUGCUCCCUGUCCAGUGGGCUUUGCAGGACUAGCUCUGCAAAUUUACUGCCAUCACUGCGAGUCUGUAUAUCCAAGAGAAAAUGCUCAUUUACGCUCAGCAAAUAGGUGCGCAACGAGUUGGAACCGACAUCCAAAUCCUGUGCGCUCUCAAGUGGGAAACGGGAUCCUGGCACUGCCGACUCUGAUAUGUCCAGAUUGAACUCAGUCCAUGGAAAGCUGGGAGAGUUAUCAUUAACGUCCAAGAUUUCCAUCUCCACCCUGUAAAGCUCCAGAGGGUUUUCUAUGACCACUUGCAGGUGAAAGGAACAGGACAAACUCUGCUCGCAUAGUUCUUCACGGUCAAUUCUUUCAUUGACAAACAAAACUCCGUUUUCCAAAUUCACCUCCACAUACUGCUUCCUGGCGCCUGAGACUAUCCGGAAUCUGCGCGCUGAGAGCUUGUUCAGAUCCAAGCCCAGGUCCUCUGCAAUAUUGCCAAUAAAAGCUCCAUGCUCCAACUCCUCAGGGAUGGAGUACCGAAUCUGUCCCCAGGCUGCAUCCAAGACCCAAGUGAGCAACGCUAAACGGCACACGGCGUGCCAUUUCCCAAACACUCUCUUCUCCGCGCCUGGUGUGUCCAUCUGUGGGCUGAAGUAAAGCCGCAUCUCACUCCCAAGUCUCAGUCUGAAGUGUGCUCAUUCGAGAGGAAAUGUGCAAAAUACAGUCUGGUAUAAACUUGACAUUGGCGGGACUGGCACAGCGUCUGUCUGCCUGAGAGAAAGAGAGGAGAGAGAAAGGGAUGCGCAAGGGCUACUCGCCUAUCUCAGAUUAGUGUGCGCUUUGUGUGUCUGUGUGUGCGUUUGUUUAUUAUUGGCCCUACUGUUCCAAUAGGAGGGAAACGACAUCUGCUCGGAUAAUCUUUCCUGCCUACUAGCCUGAUCAAAUUCAUGUCACAGUCUCCAGGCUCUGACCGCGGGUCAAACACUUGAUUCAAUUUCUUAUAAGACUGUUUCAUCAUUUUGAAGAGAUACAGUUUAGCAUAAUCGGAUCUAAACCAAUCUUCCUGCAGCAAAUUUACUGUGACUCACAUAACUUGUUAAAAGUGACAGUUUUGGUUUCUUUAGCUGCAUUAAUUCUCGAAGGAUUUUUUUAAUUUUAUUUUAUUUUAAAUGCAAAAUUCUCAUCACAGCACAGCACUGUAAAAGAAGUUGAAAUUGUGGCUUCAGAGAUUUUGGGUUUACUGAUUAAAUAAGAAACUUUUAAGGACACCAUUGCUGCCACCCUGAACCCGAACGGCUAAAUAAUAUAAAUAACAUCACUGUGAAGAUACAAUAUUUUAUUUUUUAGUUGUUUUGUCGAAAAAGGAAGAAAAGGAAGAAAGUAAGACCAUCUUACAAGACUCUUCUUCAUAAAAAAAGGCGUAAAAGCAAUCUCUCAAAAGACUAAAGCGACUGUCAUUUCUAAACAAAUGAAAAAUACACACCCUUUUUUUAUAGCAGAAGUUAAUACUUCUUCUAUACAAUGGCUCUAAGGAGUUUUUUUUUUCUUUUUUUGGGUUACUCAGUAUUGGUUUGAUGUCUGCAAGUUGAAAAAUUGGGCUCAGGAAGCAGCUCAUAUUCCCAGUUGUCAUUGCAGAACCCUGGCAGCAAUUCCUCUUGUUUAAAACAGAUUUUUUUUUCUUUCCCCAGCAUAUUUCAGCGCAUUAAUACUCAAACAGAGCAGUUGUAUCUGUUUACUAUCUACCUCAAUGUAUGCUCCACCCGAUUGCUCUAAAAAACCCAGUUCCCCUGGUUAAAAACUGAAAACACAAUCUGUCUGCAGGAAUGAAGCUGCAGCAGAUGGUGAGGUUUUCCACGGGCUCAUGCUCUUUUUAAUUAAUGGAAUGGAGAUUAGAGGGCAUUUUCCCUGGAUCAUUAGUGAACAGAGGAAUUAAGACAUUUUGUGAGGAAUAAUCCCAGGGCUAUCCAUGUGAUGCACAUGUGGUUUUCUCUCUGUGGUCAUACUGACCUGCUUUUCACAGCCUAAGUGCAUGGCAUCACUUACUCAUUGCAGAGACUAAGUAGCUGGGAUAAGGGGACACAACCACCACAUUUAGGGAUCAAAAAUACAAAAGAGAUUAUCUCUCAUGUCCCUGUCUCCCUCGCACACACAAUCUCUCCCACUCGUCCCUCUCUCCCUCCCUCUUGUUUCACUCAAGGGCAAAAGUAGAAUAUCAAUCCCUUUGUCUUUAACUACUUUCCAGCUUUAAACUGUGGGAUUAGAGUAGGUUAGCCUAUAUUCUGCAGCUUUUAACACUUAAGCGGUUUUAGUUGCAUGGAAACUAUGUUGUGCGUUCCGCCUAAAUGGAAAAAUGUCUCUCAUGUAACAUGUUCUGAGUGCAACUAAUUAUUUCUGAAUUCUACUUAACCUCCUGAGAAACAUUACAGAUGCUGUACACCACCUGGUAUAAGAGCCAACAGCAAAUUGACCGUGAGGACUUCUUACACGAUGAUUGACUGCUGUGGUUAUGAGUGGAAAUUCAACCAUCUACGCUCCUGUUAGCUUUGACACACAUUACAAAUAUAACAGCCGUGCAAUGGGAAUAAGGUGCUAAACAGAGACAUGAAAUAAUGCAGGAACUGCUGCACACAACUGCAUAGUUUUAGUGUGCUUAACAGAAAGGUUAUAGCUAUAUCGUCCUAUAGUGUGAGAAUUUUAUGCAUAAAUUCAAAUGUUGGUCGGUCAGGAAGAAAGUGUGGGUGUGAGUUUAUCGAGUGCACUCAACAGAACAAAUAAUAUUACCAAAGUAGAGGAUUCUGGCUCCAAUUCCAUCUGUAAACAUAGUUUUUCAUUAAUAAAUUAAGCAAUUCAAUAGUCUGCAAAAAUCCAUUUGGAUAUUGCUUCAUGCGCAUGGUUGAUUGUGUUUAUUAUUAAAGACUUUGUUGCACCACGAAAAAUGUUGUUCUCUCCUUCUCUCUGGGAUCAGAAAAUUAGAUAGUGAAGAAAUUAAAGGAGAUGGAAUCAAAGUCCCCUCUUUUCAUUUGAGUGCGAUUCAAAUGGUUUGACAGUCAGUAUUUUGAUAUUAUCCUAGCAGUACUGUGCUCCCAGGUAACAACAUGCAUCUACCUCCAGUCCAUGUACACUGAAUAAGGAGCUUUUAUAGAUAUGUAGGAUUUACUCCUCUACUCGGGUCCUACAAAUUCAGGGGCACAAUAGCUUUCUUGAAAUCAUAUUAAGGCAGGCUCAGUGAGGUUAUUCUGAAACUCAACAUGAAUGUCAGAGAAAAGAGUGAAAGCUCUGAAAGCCUCUGAAAUCAUCAACACUAAAUUCUUGCCCAGGCAACCCACAAUCCCUGAAAAGUGAGAGGGCAGAGCCAGAAAAAGCUGUUUUUUUGCUCCUUUUUCCCACUUCAUGUGUGCACAAGGCAAUCACCACUUCACUGAACAGUGACAUUAUGACACCUUGUUGCCAUGGCACCAAGUGUAAACAGCGGAUCCAUGCAUGCAGGGAGCUGAAAGUGACUUGUUUAGAUGUUUUUUUGGCACAUGAGUCCCUCAUUCAAAUAAAAAGCGGCACCAAAACCACAUUUUAAUCGCUUAAUGAUGUCCUCUUUAUGAAAAGGUGCAUGAGCUGGAGUUAAGGGUUUUAUUUGUUACCUUUCUCCACAACCUUGAAGGUUUUAGUAGAAAAUGUUCCUUCAGCAUAACACUUGUUUUGCCAUUAAGCUGGUCUACUUAAUCCAUCAGCAAAACCUCCACAAAAUCAACUGUUUAUCAUGUUAAACUUUCACAUCUUUAUGAGGCAGUUCAUCAUAUUCAGUCCAAACGCUGGUUACUUCUGCAAAGAUCCCAUCGGAUAAAUGGCUGCAAUGAGCACUAUUUUGCAAAUGAGGAAGAAAAUGUCUCAGACUCGGAGAUUACAGAGCAAUUCAGGUCACCGCCGGAUGCAGAGAGGCUAAACAAUUACCCCACCAAGCAGAUGUCUCCAAGCUACAACACAGCAACACCACGCAUCAAUAGAGAGACUGCUCAGUCUGCGUAACAUGGACUUGUUCCCCAAGAGGAUGCAGUGUUAGACAGCCAAUUUGAGAGCCUUCUCCUCUGUUGCUAUGAUCAUUAGUUUAGGAGAAGGAGAAGGAGAGGCAGACUGCAGGCAGGAGAGGAGUUUGACCUGCUCAUUUGACCUAUCAUAAGGCUUGGUGUUUGCAUUGUAAGGCUUUCAGCUCUCCUCAGUGUUGCAGUUUUAAGCAAUAAUCACAGAUGUUUCUCCUUUGCUUGCUUAUUCUGAAAGCGUUUUUUUCUUUUUUUUAAUAAUUGAAAAAUCUUUUUAUUUUUGUUUAUGAACUUCUUACUUCAUCAUUAAAAACCUGAGAUGAAAGCUUUAAAGACAAUCACACAGAAUUUAACUCAAUAGCAAAGUCUGUGCUCAGAGGGAGAGCUCAGUCUAUCUUACACUUGCAAGUAGCACAAACUGAAGUCAUAUGCAGUUCCAAUUUUGUAUGAUAUACUAAAUUUUUUAGUAUAUUGUCUUGCCAGCUAAAACAGACCAUCUGGACAGUACUCUGAUGUGACAGUUGGGCCUUUAAAUCAGAGCUGCUGAUUCACAAUCUUUUUGUAGCAUAUGCAACUUUUCUUCAGAGUCCUUGCAGCUUGCAGAGGCUGCAGGACACUCUCAUUUGGAUUCAGACAUGACAGCACCAACAACUAAUUAAUGUUUACAACUUAAAAAUAAAUCAUCUACAUAUUUUUUUUAAAAACAGAUGCCGAUUUAGUUUGAUCAGUUAUCAAAAACCCCAGAAUAACUUCAAAAUCUUAAAAACAAAGGAAAAAAUCAAUCUAACAUGAUUGAAAACCUGAAAUGAACAUUUUUUUUUUGACAUGAUGCUUGAAAAAUAACAUUAUUGCCUCUUAAAACUGUAAUUAGUUCCUGUCAGUUGACAAACAGUGUCUGCAUUAAAUUCACCACUUGUCUGGGAAGCCUUUGUUUUAAGGCUUUGCACACCCACAGCAAGCCCACUGCGGUGAUUUAAGUGUUUUGGCUGAUUAGACCAUUUAUCAGGACUGACUGCUCUUGUACAGACAGUCUUCAUCCACACCCUACUCACUCUCCUGUUAUUGUUGUUGUUGCACCUUUUGUGUGGGACAAGUUACACCUCUAUCACACAUGAGGUUGUGUGACAUCGAGUUAAUUACACCCACAUUAAACGUGAGCAGAGGUCUGAUCAGCCAGAGAAACCCCAUGUGUUUGCGGACAAGAGCUGAAAGUUACAGAAGCAACAGACUAUUUUCACCAAUGUCAUUUCUUUCCUUGUCUCAGCAUGAAAAUAAAUAUCAUUUCAAAAUAUAAAAUUAGCAGUAUAUAAAUUCUAUCAAGCUGCUGCAUUAAGGGAUCAUUAGUUAUGUUAAAUGUCACUGUUAUACUGUCAUAGCUUACAGAGCCAUCAUUAUAGUUAUUAGUCACACCGGGGCUUUCUUCCACUCCUACAAUUCAGUAUAUUCUCUGGCAGACAGCCUUUAAUUCAAUGUAACAGCAUUACAUUAUACUGUACAAGAAAAGAAUCUAUGUUUGAGUUUGUAAUCACCUGAACUAAAUAUUAAAAAUUAAGAUUGAAAGAGAGUCAUUGCACAAAAUUACAAAUUGUAUUAUCAAAAUCAAAUGUAUGGAUUAUCUCUUACACUUGGUGAAGCUACUGCUGUGUUUAAUGUUGAGAUAGCAAUGCAGUUUAUUUUGUUUGUGACUGUUGAGCUACAAUAAACUACAAAUUAAACUGAUUGUAAAAUUAUGUUUGCAGGCUACGUUAAGUAGUAGAGUCACAUUCCUCUUUAUUUAAAGAUUUAUUUUGAAGCUUUUUGUCUCUAUUUGGAGAAGACAGCACACUGGACAGUACAGAAAACAGGGUGAGAAACCAGGGAGUGACAUGCAGGAAAGGAGCCACAGGCUGGAGGUGAACCUAGUCCAAAUUGCUUGAGGCAGAGCCUUCGUAUGUGGGGCACGCAGAGACCACCAGGCCAGCUGCUCUCAAGGCCUUGUUACAUCUAAAGAGGGUUUAGCUACCAUAUUGGUGGCAUACUUUUUUACUGUUUUUUUAUUAGACAAUAUAAAACUAUCUGUCCCUCUUUGGUUUUUCAAUCAAUCUUUAUAUAGUGCGAAUUUACAUCAAAGACUUGUACACAAAGAGCAGGUCUGGACCAUACUCUCUGUUUUGUAAAGCCCACCCUCCAGGCUGGUUUAACCUCAUCUUAAUCCAUCAAGAGUAGAGGACUUUGCAGUAUUCAGUAAGCUACAGCAGCAAGGAAAAACUUCUUCUCAAUAGGUAGAGUCCUUGAGCAGGACCAGGAUUAUUUAAGACAGUCAUUUGCUGCAACUAUGUUUCGAUUGGACUUUACAUCUACUGUUACAGCAAGUAAUUAAAAGCAAUAGAUCCCUUUGACUAAUUGCUCUAAAAAUUUAUAGCUGUUAAAUUUACCACAAAAUAUUGUCGUUUUCUUCCGCUUCAUCUGGGUCCGGGUCGCAGGGACAGCAGCUUCAGGAGGGAAGCCCAGACGGCCCUCACCCCAGCCACUUCCUCGCUCCCAGGCCAGGCGAGAGAUAUAAUCCCUCCACUUGGUCCUGGGCCGGCCAUAAGGUCUCCUCCCGGUGGGACAUGUCUGGAACACCUCUAACAGGAGGCGUCCGGAAGGCAUCCUAACCAGAUGCCUGAGCCACCUCAGCUGACUCCUCUCGACAUGGAGGAGCAGCGGUUCUAUUCUGAGCGCCUCCCGAGCCACAAAAUUUUGAUAGAGGCUAAAAGUCUGUGCUAACAUGGCACAGAGGUGUAGCAGUGGUAGGUUUUCGCCAUGGCCACUUAGGACAUCUGAUUGGCCUCCCUAGUAGCCACCCUGAAUCCUAAAUAAUAAUUGGCUAUUUUGAAAAAAAAAAAAAAAAUUGAGGGCUACCCAUAUUAAAAUGAUUUUUUUGGUUUGUGAUUCAAUAGGCUCCUGGAAGUUUAUUUGUGUUUCUGUGUGGAGCAUUUUAUUUUGUUGGUAAAUAAAGACUUUGGCAAACAAAGCAAAAUAUAAAUGAAUUUAAAAAACUAUAUAUAUUUUUUUACUACAUUUUUAAAAAUUUUCUUUUGUAUGUUAAAGAAAACUUGAUUAGUGGAGAUAACCCUCCAAAAUCUUGGUAACCUUUCCAAUACUUGCUGUGUCUGGCCACCCCUACAAGAGUCUGUGUCCCAGUUUGGCCACCUCAGUCAGAAAACUCUUGCUCCGCCCCUGCAAAUCUUGACCCAACUUUACCCUGUAACUCAUCACUGCUUCCUCUUGUAAUUCUAACAAUUUUGCUAUCUACACCUCUUGUAUGAAUUUAUGUGAAACUUUGCUGUAAUCUUUGUAUAUUCAUGACUUGUGAGCAAUGCUGCAGGUGUCUCCAGACGGGAUAGCUGCGCUCAGCAUGCGUCUUUAACUGAAGCCACGCCUCUUUACGCAAAUUUGUAGUCGUCGAGAGGCUACCUGCACGUGAGUGAACACUUAGCCUAGUUCAAACAAAAUUAGCCUGAGUCGUAAAUGGUCGCCAAAUAUGACAAUUUCAAACCAGAAAUUUGAAGUCAAGAUGCAACUGUACCUGAGGACGAUGUUAGGACGAGGACAUGCGUCGAAAAUCUCAAGGAAAAUGUGCCAACUUGCUCGAAUCAGGUGAGGAUACACACCUGAGGCAGAGCAGUAGAUUAAAAUGUUUUAAUCUACUGCUCUGACCUGAGGUUGACUCUCUCCACGCGUUUGUUUCUGCGUCUUCACCAAACUCAUGUCAGUCAGCGAGGAAGUUUGACAAACCAGGCCAACUAUCUUUUUAGUGAGGACAGAAACUGCCUGUAAACAUUCUCUAAAGUCGUCACUGUCACCAUGUUUCAGCAGCAGCAGCUGUUUCCAUCUUUGAUUUGUAACUCACUCAAAAUGUCUCAUUCAUAAUCUGCGUCAUACUUUGUGAGAACAUUGACCAUCAUUUCUCCACAUUUGCAGUGAAAUUGGACCACUCAAACAUGGAAGAUCAGUUUUACACUCCUGCCUGGAGACAGACCCUACCCUCAGGUGAACCCCAGACUGGAGGGAUAAUAAGAUAUUAUCAGGAGACUUCCCACAAUGACAGUGUGACUGUCACAUAUGAUAAUGGUGAGCAGCUCUUUACCUUUUGUACGUGCUUGUAUUUCUGUCCUUCUGGCGGGCUUUAUAGUGCUUGACAUUGUGGCUGUCCGUGGUGUGAGAUGUUGAACGCUGUGUUCAGUGUUAGUUCUUGAUUCUUGUAUUCUGCUGUAGUUUCAUUGCCCUUCAAAGAGGAGCGGUCUCGUUAUUCCUCCUUGUUCAACAGCCUUAAAUAUUGCAUAUAAAUCUUGGUGAAACUUUUAUCACUUACCCUUUGUGAAUUUCAUUCAGGCCCCACUUUAAUAGAUACGUCCAGGAUAACCCAUUGCAGCCUGGCUCAGCAGCCAUCAAAAUUAUAUACUUUACUAAAAUAAAAAGUAUUUAGGGUACCUUUAGUGAUAUAAAUGAGGUUGGUCAAAAUAUAAAAAAGCACUUAACAGUAAAGAGAGAUAUGAUUCAACAGCUCCAUUAAGAAGAUUCUGAAAUGUCCACACAGUUAAUGAAACCUCCCUAAAGUUUGACUGCACACUGAAUAUUAUAACUUUAACUGUCAUAUUUAUGGCAGAGCCAGUUUUAUUAGACUUCAUACACUUUACUUUGGUGUUUGUAAUAAACCAAGAACUGAAUGCAAAUAUUAUACAAGCUCUGGCUCAGACAGUGGGAAGGGCGCCCCUUACUGUAAGUAUUGAAAACUGGCUUUGAGUUUUGAUGCUGAUUGUUCAUUUCUCAGGAUCAGCAAAGUUAGCACAUGAUAUUUUAUUUACUUAAUUAUUACUUCUGUAUUGAUAAAUGUACUUGCCUGGUUGCUGCUUCUCCUUGUAUUCUCCAUCAACUAUAAUCAUGUCAGUUUGUGCACUCUUUGUAUUGGAUUAUAAUUUACUGGCAAUUAUCAAUCAACCUCUUCUAGCUGAGUUUUGUUUCUUAAGUGUCAUUAUCUCUGCAGCAUUAUAGCUUUCAGGCUUCUGAUUUAAGACUUUUCCACCUGGACUUGCCUCUUACUGCUGGUGCCUCAUAGUUAAUGAACGAGACCCUGACAGUCAACUUGGAGAAUUGUCUGCUAGAACUGCUGACAGAAAGAAAGAAAGGCAUACAUAUCUAUUUAUGAAACAAAUCACAUGCAGUACACUAAUCAAGGAGUAUGAUAGUCAUUAUAAAGUACAUUUAAACCCAGUGGAUAUUGAUUAUAGACUCUAACAAAAGAGAUCUUGGAUUGUUUUAAGGGUAGGCUAUUCACACAAACAAAAAUUAAAAAAACAAGUUAUUUACAUUUGAAUUGAUAUGCUGUUGGUAUCAUAGAAGUUUUGGAUAACAAUAAAGCUCCAACAAGUAAUGCUGCGUUCAAGUUACCUCGGAAGUCAGAUUUCCGAGAUGGUUAUGACAUCACACCCAAGUUACCACCGUUUCAGUCACCAAGUUGGAAAAAAGCAAAAUCGGAGGUGGGAACAAGAUACUGCAGAAGGACCGCAUAUUUAUCCAGAAGUUGCUUAUAUUAGGACAAGGCAAACGCUAAAAUAACUUUCGUAGAUGUAGCCAUCUCGUUUCCGCCUCCCAGUGCUGACAUCUGACGUCCGAGGUACCUCGAACGCAGCAUAAUUCAUAAACAAAUUUAUCAGUGAAUAUCAAAAUAAUCAUCUGCUGUAUUAUGAAUGUAUUAAAUAGUUAAAUGUUAAUGUAAAAGACAUAAGAGGCAAUGUAAAGAUGUCUGUUUGGGUUUCUUUCAAACUCUUUUGACAUUUAAUAGACUAAAAUGUGUCUAUAUUAAUCCAAAACUACCGGUAUGUCAGUAAACAAAAACAAGAAAAAUACUCCUAACCUUUUGGUUACUUAUAUUGUUAUUUAUAAGGUAUAUCUUUGCAGUGUUAGGGUAUUACACAGAUACUCCAAGGGUCUAAAACUAAUAGUUAAUAUGCAUGUCUUACGACUCGUGAGACAAACGGAUGAAAAAAAAAAAAGAGUAAAACAUCCCUGCAUUGUACUCCAUGUUUGCCCAUCUAUCUUGAGCAGAGCCUCGGAUAACUUAUCUAAAAUGAUCUCCAAAACAAUGUGUUUUGACCCCUGCUAACAUCAAUGUAUCACUUAGCACAGGGGUGAUAAGAGAAAAAACACCUGUGGGCUUUGAAGAAAAUUACAUUUCGUAAGAUCAGAUGCUCUUGCUGUGAUAAAAAUGCUGUAUUCAUAUUCCGCAGAAUAACAAGCUGAUAAACCCUGUCGUAAAAACAUUACAAGAGUAGUUCAUGCUGAAGUUUGCAGGAAAGCUUGGCAAUAAAAAAUCACGCUAGGCUGUAUACACACUGCAUGUUUAUUGCAAAUCAAACAAGAGAUAGUACAUAAAAAUGUAAAAAAAGAAAAAAAAUGCUGCAAUACACGUCAAAAAUCACAUCGAGAACUCUAUUACAGGUUUUAUUACUCUAAUUACCCCCACACUGCUUGUGCUAUAUUUUAAUCCAUAUAUUCAUUUAAUAAAAAAGCAGAGGAGAAUUCAUUUGUUGUGCUUAAUUAAUUGCAUCAGAACUCCUUCUUAUGAUGUUCUGUUAGACAAUAGGAGGUGCACAUGUAAUUUUGGCCCUGUUUUGUGUUGGUGCAACACAAGCAGAGCUCUGUUUCGGGUAUUUUCCUGAUCUUAAAAUUUGCGUUUCCCAGCUGAGGAGCUGCAACAAAUUGGAGCCUCAUUCAAUUAAGCCAGUGCAAAACAACUUUUUUUUUUGUUAUUUUGGGUAGAAGUGGGUCUUAGACUGAGCUCUGAGAAUAGUCUGUCUGCCACUCUGCUGCUAAUCUGAUGAUUUUGUAAACAGCUGCAAACAACAUGGGAUCAAUUACACAGUUCUUCCUUUAAUGUAAAUAAAUCAAUUUAUACAAUCCCCAGCCUGUGGUUGAGUUUAAAUCACCAGAAAACUAAAUCUGACGUGGCUAAAACACAAACAAAGCUAAAUCAAUCUACAAUGACCCAAAAUGAAUGUGAGUGCUUCUUACAGUAUCUGUUGUCCACAGCUGCUUCAUACCGUGAAAAGCUUAUCCUUAAAUUCCCUAAAUCCCUGCAGCCAUCUGAAGACAGCAGGACAGAUAUUAUGAUAAAUCUACAGCCUUGCACCAGAGCACAGAGCCAUUAUGCACUAUAGGCCACAAUGUUUUAUUUUAAAUUACAUACAAAUGACACCAGGCCACUACAAAAUAUCCACACAAACCACACAACAGACGUGGCUGUUAUAUCUCACUAAUCCGGACUACCACAGCUUAUUCAUUUUGUACGUUACAGCCUUUUUUCAAACAUUUUCCACACAAAAUCAACUUACUUUUUUUUCUGAUUGUACUGCACAUCACAGAGACGCCGCUGUAAUAUAUGAUACAUUUCAACAUAUGAUAUAAUGAUGUAGGUGAGACUAUAGAAGAACUAUGGCACAGAUAGCUUUCAAAUGAUACAAUCUGGCUUGCCCAAACAUUUUUUUUUUAUGUCAUCACACUCACUAACUGAUGAAAAAAUACACCAUCUGCCUCCGGCUGCAAAUUGCUGUGUGUCUACAUAGUGCAGCUUUGCACCAUCCAGACAACAAUAUGAUAUCCUGCAGAAACAGUUUUUUUUGUUAUUUAAUUGUUAUGUAUUCCUGUGAUUGGCACAGCUGUUUUUGAGCAGUGAGGCUGGUGUUGUGACUGGCGAGAAGCAUUUUAAUCACCACAUGCCCAUGUGUUUUUUUUUCCACCCAGCUCUUUUGCACUUUGCCCCACUGCACUGACACUAACAGAAACAGCAACUGUGCCUAAACAUGCUCAUGCCCACACAGUCUGAGGACUUAAAGCCCACUGUUGCAUUAAUGUGUUUGAAAGAGAAAUGUGAGUAGAUGACCUGCCAUUACUGAACAAUACUAACUGAUGCGGUCAUUACCUUGCUGCCCAGUGAAUGACUGUUGUGUAUGUUUUGAAAAACACAGAGAGCAGCAGAUCAGUGUAGAAAUUGUUAAUGUAGCCGAUAUGUACUACGAGAGUUGUAAUUUGUUGUUACAACAAAAAAAUGUUUAGUUUGGUGAGGUAUUGUAUCUGUUCAGAUUCAGCACAGAAAACAAAUACAACAAAUAUGAUGGAUUUUCCUUUAUUAGGAACUUAAACUUUUAAACAUGGUCUUAAGUGCAGCAGCAGUUUAAGUAUAUAGGCCGACCUGGAUUUAUUUUUUAUAACAUUUUAAAUGAAACUGAAUAAGAAAAUCAGUAUUUAAAAAAAAUGAAAAAGAAUCAAAAUUAGAUUAAUGCGGAGUGUGAAACUAACCCUCACCAAGGUUCUCAGUUUGGCGAAUAGAGUUCAAAUGGACUUCACUCAGAAUAGGUUAGGUUAAUGAAACAGUCACCCACAUUUAAUAACUGAGUUUUCACCACUUUUUGGUCAAAAGCAGGUCCUCAUUCUCCUGCUCCCCUGCUGUUCGAAUGUUGGAGCUUUACAGGGUUGAGCUAACACACAAAUUUAUGCAUACGAACGCACACACUCACCUGCUUAGUACAUUGGAUGUAAGCUACUCCACUCACAGAAACAUGCCGCCUGAUACUUGGGAUUGAGACUUCUUGACUUCUCUGAGUCACUGUCCUGAAACAGAUGUUUUAGUUGCCUACACAUGCUUUGUGAGUGGUGUGCUUCCUCUUUUACCAGUCCAUGUGGGAUUGCUGGAUUUAAAUUACUUCCAAUUUUGGGUGUAAUCAGAUCAGCACUUGACUGUGAAUUAAAAAUGACCAACUCAAACAGUUUGGUACAAAUCUUUGUACCUUUACAACCUCAUGCACUACAGAUGCAAUACUGAGGGCUAAACAUUGAUAGUGGCUAAUGGCCAGCAGACUGCUAUACGUGAGUGAGUGAGUGAGUGAGUGAGUUUAUCUGUUUUAUUGAAUUGAUUUAAUGCUGCUGAUUCAGAGAAAAUUGUUUUUGAUUGGACAGAAAGAAACACUCAGAUAAAAUGAUCUUCUCCUUGGUCGAAUCUGGAAGAAAAUGUUAGCAGUGUGGAAGUAUUAUGCUGUCUGCCUGGGAAAGAUCAGGGAGUUUGGAGACAUGUCCCACUUACACUUUGAGAAAGUUUGAAAAAGAGGCGCUGGGACUUACCGAGAUCUGAAUACAUCAUCGUAACCCAAUGACGAGGGAUACAAAGAUGAAGUUGUAGCUAAUUGGAUAUUCAAAGCUUCUUUUAUGGUAUCAGAUCUGAUUUGUACAAUUAAUGAAUCUGUAAUUUGCACUUUGAAAUACUCGUUAUUGGCAUUGCACUUUGUUAUCUCACAUAUUUGUCUCUGAUGGAGCAGGCCUAAUAACAACACAUAGUUUUAAAACAGGAGCUGGCUCUCUUGGCUCAGAAGAUCCUCUGUUACCACCUUUCCAAGUCCUCUGGAUUUAUUAUCUAAUUUCCCAUCGAGUGGGGGAAUGUGUAACCAUUUUUAUUCAUAAAGUCAAGACAGUGUGACAGGUUGGUCAUUUCUGUCUGAGACCCAUAUGUCUUUCAAUAUGAGGUCAUACACUCUUGAGCUGUUCUCUUCUAAAAAUAGACUGAGUGAACGGUGGACAAAAGCCAUAAAACAAGAGGAUGUUUGAGAAAUUGAUGUGGCAUGCCAAGUAGCUUAUUUUAGAAAACAACUUUUGUAUAUCAGACAUAAUAAUUUCUGACUACUGACUUGGUAAAGAUGCCAUUGACCUCUAUAUAACCCAUACUGCUGCGGUGGACCUUUAAGUUUAGAGCGGAGGGCUUCACAGUGGUGAAAGAGAACAAGUUAACUCUGUCAACUCCCCGCUGAAUAAAUAAAGUUUAGAAAUCUGCAGUGAAACAUCAUUAUGUACUCCUCAGCUGACCACUGGGCAGCAAGUUGCAGCCUGAGAGGGACUUGUGGUAGAGACCCCUAUGUCUGUCUUUAGCUCAUGUGCCAGUCACCAUUAAUGCUUGUUGCACCAGCAUGGCUUUUCCCUCAGCCUGACACUCACUUGUACUCAGUCUACCCUCAAUUGCUGUCACUUGUGUCCUAAAGGCUGUCAUCUCCACUUUGUGCUCCAUUGCCACCAUGUCUCCUCCACUGCUCUAUUUUCCCCAGUUCACUCAGGCUUGUGGCUGUUUGUCAGUAGAGGCUGAUAGCCCAGUUAUUUGGUUUAGCUGUCUGCCUCCCUGUUGCUCUGCCACUACAUUUUGGCUCCAGUGAGACAUUUCAUUAUCUAUCAGUGCCUCAGCAAGACUGGAUUUCCUACAGUAUCUGAUGCUCUUCAUUUUGAUAAACGAAGCUGUGUCGCACUAUCUGGAACUAUCCAUACAGUUCAUAAAGGAAUGCAUGCUUACAUAUAUCCCUGAGUGAGAUUUGAUGUGUGUUGGUUGUUAAUAUUGAUUUUUCAGCCUCUGAUUUCGAUAAAAGCUCCUGAGAGUGCUUCAUAAUGUGAAGUGAUGUCUGUCAAAAAUGCAAGGCAGCAUCACACCUGUAGAGGUCAGUAUCUGUCUAAUCUUUUCCUAAUGGAAUAUGGAUAUUUUGUGGAGGUAGUCUCCUCAGCCUCCCUUUUCACAGCCUAAACUGCAUUUUAUGACAAAAUACAGCAAACAUUUCUCAACAAUUAUCACAAAAAAGGCACAUAAAAUUAACAGACUGUGUAAAGUAAAUGGUGUUUCCUGUUUUUUGCUUACAGGGAUUGUUCAUUUACGCGCUGAAUUGUAGAUUCCUCUCUCAGCAAAUGAUUUUAUUAAUGAUCAGGGACAAAAAACAGCAAUUAGCUGAUUCAGCUUUCAUCCCAACUAUCCACCAAAGCUGUAAUACUCCGCUGCUUUCUCAGCAGGAUUUGACACACAACCCUCACGGUGGUAAAUAAUUCUUACGCAACAUAUCAGACACUUGCUGUUAUGACCCAGAAUUUCAUUUUGACUAAUAGACGAAGCUGUUUCCUUUUUUCUUAUACACAAAAAAGUCUUGAUUAACAAGCAUUCUUCUCUCCAUGAGAAACAAAUAGAUCAUAACAGACAACAACAUUGUUAAUAGGUUAUUCAGACAACACUUGCACAUGUGACCAGCUCAAGAAAAUAGUCAUAAAUCUGCAAAACAACAUGUUCAAAUACACUUUUUUUUUUUUUGGAGCAGCAUGCCAAAAUAAAUAUUCCUGUCACUUCUCGUUAGUUUUCAUGCCAUACCAGUGCCAUUUCACAACGUAAUGAUUCAAAGGCUUGACAGUCAUUAGGCAGAACUCGUCAAAACUAAAAUGCCCUCUGGCUACUGGCAUUUGUCUCUGUAACAGUCCUGAUUAGUCACUAAAUGUGUGUCAUUUAGAUAUUGGAAACAGUGUUUGUGGACAAGGCCUACCAAUCCAUAUUACUUCCUUCUACCGAAGCUUCCCAUUUUCCACCCUAUGUUUGGAGCACUUAUUGGAGUGCUUCAUCUCCCCAAUUAUAAUUAGCAGAAAUCUAUCACUGUCACAACAUGCCAAGAUGGAUUAAUAUCUAAAUUUGUAAAUGUUUAAAGCCUCAGGUAAAGCCUGUAACAUACAAAUUAAUUAACACUCUUGCAAAUUAAUUUGCAAAUUAAUUUGCUCCAAAAAAAAAGUUGCACAUUUUCCUGGCUGAUUGCCAAAACUAAUAUGUUUUUCAGUUGAAGGCUCAAAUGAACAUUAUAUCCACUAAUCUACUCAGAGUAAUCAGAACAUCCCUCGCUGAUAGACACAAAUAGCUUGCUUGACACGUGUGUUUAAUUAGAAAGGUCAGAAAACAGUAUUAUCACUGGUGCAGCUCUGUGUGAGCAGUUUAGGCUCCAUUGUCAAAUGGAUCUCACGACGCUCCUUCCUGAUGUAGAUGUGAUACCAGUCAUUCUCUAGGUACCAGUGUCAUACACUAAGAGGUUGCUACGACCACAAAUCAGAAUAGAAGCAUUUCACUCAUCAGUAGAUAUCCAUAUCUGUCAGCCAACCUGCUGCACCAGGAGAGUUUUAAUUGCCAACUGUCAGCAGGGCUUUGAAUUUGUAGCAUCGAUGAACACAAUGUAAACUCCUCUUCCACUGUGAAGUGCAUAGGUAUUGCGUGAACUUCCAGUAAAAGCUGACACAAGCAUUUUAUCCCCCUUUAAAUAAAUCACAUAGAAGUGUACAAACAAACGCACAGGACAGCCCCCUCCCCGACUCUGCUGAGCCAGAAUGUCCAUUUUUUAAAGAAAGCUCCGCUUCACAUUGAUGUACAAUAUUUACUCUGAGGAGGCACACAGUUUAACAAUAGUGUUGCAUUGUUGCAAACUGUGGAGCCUCAGUGGAGCAGUUGGCGACGCUCCAGAGCAACUCAGUAUUUAUAGAGGAGAGAAAAGCAUUUAUCUUUCCCCUUUUCCAUCCAAUUUCCUAUCCAGGAAUUGAUUUAAAACAUUUUAUAACCCUUCUGUCUACAGUUGCUGAUGUGAUGUAGUUCUGGCAUUAUGUAAGGAGUUUAUUUUUAAAGUACAGGAAUGGGGACAUUGCUAUAUUUCCCUUUUACCAUUAGCAUGCAGCAUACCGGUAAUUCCUAACAAUGCUAUCCUGACUUAAGCUAGUUGUGUUUAGGGGGGAACAAACUCACAUGAAGGAGUAGAUAUCGAAGUAAAGUUGUGAGGAGUUACAGUUAUUUUCUGAAUUACCAGUGAUAAGUUAACUGCAGAGGACAUGGCUCCAACCAUUCAGAGGUUGCAUACUGUAUAUUUGAAAACAAAAGAUAACAGAAGCAGAAAAGUAAAAAAAAAAAAAGAACUAGCUAUAGUGUACAGUUCCUAAAUAAGUGGCCAAAUUGUUUGCUGCUUGUUUGUGGUGUACAAUCUCUAUUCUGACCUCCACUAGCAAAACAAAUCAAUGCCAGGCCGAGGCAUGGCACAUGAUAGGGACCUUUUAAUCCAUUAAGAGUCAUGAUAUUAUCACUUUACAGCAUACACAUGUCCACAACAGCGAGGCUUACAAGCAUUAAUAUGUUUUUUUACACAUGGUUAUGUCAUUUUGAAGUCAAUCAAAUGGACAUGAAGUCAGACAAUCCAAGAGAACAACAAAAAUAUGAGGCUACCUGGCCUCUAAUAAUAACAGAACACAAAUUCACAGCAAUUCAGCACCAUGGAUACCAACUCGAUAUCCGUGGUGUUGACCUGACUCAGGUUCAUCUCCAGAAGGACAAACAAAAUAUGUGUCCAGUUUUAAUUCGUCUUUUCCUUGCUCUUUCUUUUUUUGCUCCACCUUCAUGCUGCUUUGAACUGCCUCUCAUGUUAAGCUUAGUACAUAAAAAAUUACCUUGCUUGCAUUCUGUUGACAAGUGACUCAUAAUGACGUUGGUGGAUGGGUGAUGAUGACUAUUUUACCCUUAAAUACACUUGGACACAAUAUCAGAGAUCAACUUGUAAAAUUGCGCGUCGUAAAGUUAACUGUGAGAGUGAAAAUAAAGCCAGUCAUGCAGCACAGAAUUUUAUUUGAUAUUUUACACCCAACUACAGACCUCAGUUUUACAAAGUUUUUACCAACCAUGACUCAUCCUGACUGGGGAAACCACACAUUUCCAGUGCUCCCUGAGAUGGUGAGUAGAAAGUUACCUAGAUCCACCUGUGGAACAUACUGGUUCCAAGCCUGUCUCCCCUGACCCCUCUGGAGGCUCCGCCUCAGCUUACUUUUUUAACAAUGUCCACUCUUGCGAAUAUUGGCUGGAGAAGGUCAGACUGAAAAGACUGAGAACUACUGGGGUAGGUGUUAAUGAAUCAUGCAGGGCAGCAAAGAUGCAGGAUAGAGACAGGGUUUAUGCUGCCUUUAGGUGGAUUCAGACAGAGGCCAGAUCGAUGACAUCAUUUGAGGAGCCAGAGAAGAACUGGAAAGAGAUGUCCUCACAACAUUUCCAUACACACAUGACUGUGUAUUGAAAUGUUGUGGUGUUACACUCUAAAAAAAAAAAAGAAGAAGCAAACUUUAACUUUAUGUUAAACUUCCUCCAAAACUUAACGUCAUAAACUCACUGCCAGCCUGAGUUGUUGUUAAAGGUGUGACCUUUGUUUAUGUUAAGCUAAAAAAGUUCAGCGCAAGAAUUUUCUCCAGGCUUACCGGCAUCUCAAUUUUAUUACACAAACCACUAUAAAAUGUAUCACAGGGAAUAAAAAGUUCAACAAUUUCCUUUUGGAUGGUUAUUCUAUCUACUUUUGCCAUUUUUUUAUUUUUUUUUUACCAGCUCCAACCCAUUUUUCCCUCUCAUCCUCUAAAAUAAUAUCCACUUUCCUGUUUAGGGUUUGCUCAAAGACUGUGCAUGCAGCAUUAGGCAAGAGACUUAAUAUGAAAAUAAAGACAUAUGAUAAGUUUAAGUCCCUAAUCUCUGUGAAACUUUGAAAAGGUCAGCUGGGAGGCCUUUUCUUUCAGGGAAAAAGACAGCACUGUGAAGCAAAAUGUGCUAGUGUAACCGGUUUGGGUGGAUAAACAGAAAGGACAUUGAGCAUGUAGGGUUGUAUGGAGGCAGUCAGCUGAGAGAUGUGUUUCAGGUUGGAGGGCUAGCUGAGUAGGCGGACAGGUACCGAGGAAGAGGCUGCAGAAGCGGCAGGCAGAGCCAGUGGAGAUGGACUAAUUCCACCUCCCACAAAUCCUCCAACAGUUGAUUGCCUGGGUGGGCAGUGUCGGAGGCAAUCCUCCCUGCCCUCCUCUUUGCUCUGGCAUUAGGCGACUGCUCAGCGGAGAGCAACUGGCAAGCAAUGACCCUCUCAGCUGGAUGACACACUGCAGUUUUCUCCCUGGAGCAAGAAGAAAUGGAGCUGUGGCAGACUGCAGAGGAUAUCAGGACUGUGCUGAUUGUCGAUCUUUAUCUCUGGACAGGAUAUAUUUUGAUAUGUCUAUUUGUCUUUUUUGGUACAGAAAAAAAGCACAUUUACCUCUUUCUUUUUAAACUGCAGAUAUUUUUUUUGUACGGGCAAGCUUGAGGGAUUUGUUGGUCAUAAAUAUGUUAGGUUUUGUGCUGCAGGUUUCUAGGAUGGUAAUGCUAAGUGGGUGAAAAAGCCAGCCGUUGUUUCUGCUGUUUGAUGUACUGACUGUAAAUUAGUUUUCAGGACACAAUGAUGCUUAUUAGUGUUGCUAAUGCUAAUUAAGAUUCAAAAUACAAGCUUUGUUCUGCUUGUGAGCUGUAACCCUUUUUCGGAUUGGACUUGAGGUGAAGUUUUUGGUGAUUUGAAUUUUGUAUUCAGUGUGAGGGUAAAUGAUUGAUAACAUUAUGUGCUGGCAAAUAAACAUAGUUCCAGGGCGUUUAUGUACAAUACAGCAGUCACAUUAAUAUCCAGGACUAGUAGGCUACCACUAGCUGUCCUAGUUAUGGCUGCUUUCUGUACAUUUGAUGAAAUAGUGUUUUGGGAGAUUUACAAGUAUAGAUUAAAAAAAAAAAUAAAGUCACUAAAAGAUACUUGAAGUUGUCAGUGAAAGACCCGUAUUAAACUUUUCUAGUGUAAUUGCAGAAAGUGAGCGUCCAUGAUUUGACAGAAGCUCAAAAUCCAGGGCCUUCGAUUUUUCCUGAACUGACGUAUAGAGGAUUAUCUACAGGCUCUUGAUGAGAUUAUAAUUCAACUUCUUCGUAACAGCUCUCAUUCCAAAUUACUCACUCUUAUUUCCCUUUCCUUUUUAGCACUUAGAGACUUAAUACUUAAUAUCAGAGACGGAUGAGCGCGACUCAUAAAUCUCAAACAUCGGGAGCACAUGUAAAUGUCACACACUUUGAGGGACUGAAUUAAGCCCUCUCUCCCCUUUUUUUUUCUUUUUUACACGCACACACACACACACGAUCCGGUGAGGGAGCAACUUAUAUCAACCAGAAAAACAAAUUGUAGUUAUCAAGAUGAAGCAUGCUGAUAAUAGGUUCACCUACUCUGUUGACCUAAUGGGGGAAAUCAAAAGCAGGGGCUGAAACAGACUGCUGAAUCAAUAGAAAGCACUUAUCCUGAUUGGGCACAACUACAGGGACAAAAGUGUUAAAGCUAGUAAGCACUUCAAUUCCACGCCUCUUUGUUGACUCCAUUUCAAGCAAGGAGCUAUCUCUGAUAAAAGCAGGGCUUUUUUGCACAGUCAAACUACAAGCACACUAAAUGGAAGAGGUUUUUUAAGGGGACCAUACACGUUAUCUAGUGUAUAAAUCUAAAAAACACACACAAACACGCACACAUACUCAUCAUAUGGUAAUGUACAACACUUCAGACCCCAAAUUAUGGUUGAUGCAUCUGGUGAGUAGGGUAGCAACACAUACACUCCUCUCCCUCAGCUGUGCGAAUGGAACAUGGCCGCUAGCCGCGAACAUGUUAUCAAGUACAAGUGUCCAUCUGCCGAGUGCUGAGCAUUUGACAGUUCAUCAAUAGUGAUGCUAUUAAUAACUUGGUUCCUGCACAACAGCCCAGGGACCAGGUUUGAUAAGACAACAUUCAUCUCCUCAACAAGUCAAUCCAUUGUGCAGCAUAAAAGGACUCAAUAGCAAUUAACAGCAAAGGUACUCAAUCACCUACCAUCCGAGCUGUCAUUGCACAGUUAGCACAUAAAACAAAGUGCACCAAAUGAGGUAAUGUCUAAGUAUAGACCAUCAUUAAAUUAAUUAUCUUUUUUGAUACCUACACAAAAGAAUGAGCCUUUUUUCAGUAAUUGCUUAAAAAAUGAUAAAUUAUUUGACAAAUUGAUAUUAAUGUGACCCUCGCUGUCUUUGUAGAUGAUUGUAUAAUGGAAUCUUCUCACUUUUUAUAUUAAAGUGUAAUUAAGGUACAGUAGGCACCAUUAUCUCAUAACUUUAGUUAGGGCAACAGUUUGGCCUAGCUCUAUCCAAUGUCCCUUUUUCUAUAAAGUAUAAAAGCAUGACAACUCAUCCGGUCUUAAUCGAACAAUCAGAGUGAGUUUGUAUGUAACUGGUCAACCAUAGAACUCUGUGCAAGUUCACAUCAAGCGGUGGAUCCAAAGCAACAGAUUUCCAAGUCAUUUAAACAGGAAUUUAAAUUCUGUUUGACUCGAGCGAAAACAUCCAGAAAACUGUAAAAAUGGAGCACAAUUCAUUUAACACAGUUAAACGUGUAAUUUUCAAGUCUGCAAGUAAACAGUACCAUGAUGGUUUUGCUGAAUGUAGCUAAUGUUAGCAGAGUUAGCAUUACCAGCCUUCCAUCAUCCUUGUAGGUCUGUUCUGGUUACACUUCUUUUACUGUAGCACCAUAUCGGUUCUUUUAAAUUAACUAUGUUACAUUGUCUUUUGACGUUUGUCAACAAUUUAGCAUACUUACUAAAAUACAUAGUCUGUUUUUUUUUCUCUCUCCUUUAUUUCACGGCAUCUUUUAGACUGUUUCUCUCAUUCUCUCUUUUACCCUGAUGCGAAGAGAAAUGUAGAGCCCAACUGCUGACUCACACAAGUCCUAGUGAUGUCGGCCAUCUACUAAGGUGUUGGAAAGCCCAAAAAGUAAUAGUUUACAUUUUGGUAAUUCCGAUUUAGCUCUGCCACAAAUAAAGCAACAAGGUAUUGAGAAUAAAGGAACUUCAUUAUUUUUUGUAUUCAUGCAUUUACUUCAUUUUCAAACACCAUUGGCUGCCAAUUUGACACACACUGGUACCUAUUUUCUUUUUUUUUUCUUUCUUUUUUAAAAAUUACAUAUUGAUCAACAGUCAGCGUUCAUUAAAUUUCGCCGGAAAUGUUCCUUACAAUAUUGUUAUUUAUGCUGUGAUUUAGCACUCACACUUACGGGCAAAACCCACAGGAACCAGAACAGCUCCACUCCGCUCCAGCAUGGCCAGCAGAUCAAAUACGCAAGCAUUAUAAUCAAUGUGUGUCAUUCCACAGAAUCUGUCCGGCGUCCGGCUCCACUGUGGAUCAGCUCCGGCUGGAUCAGAUACGCAAGGCUUCUAUUUUUGCCGGACGCCGGAGCACAGCGCAUCAAUUCAGUGCAGCGCAGCACGAGCAGCAGUGGAAGUUGUAUGCAGUUACAGAGUAAAAUAUCUGGUUGAUUUUCAAAAUAAAAUAAAGUC